CGUUACCGACACGCAAAGAAAUCGAAUGCUGCACGACAUCGGAACCAAAAUGCCGUCCACUUUCCUGGGGGACAACUAUGAACGUGCACCCUGCGCUAAGACGUCGCUGCGCAGGCUAUGCUCCAAGCCCAUAGCAGCGAGUCGGCGUCAUCUGGUAGCUGUUGUCACGUGAUCCUGAGAGUGUGUGUAUGUGUCUAUCUGUCAAGGAUUCCAUUCUCGAACGUGGAGCGUUAUGGAAGCUAAUCCCUCAGCCAAUGGCCGCCUGUGCCUGUCUCUGUUUAUAUUUACAUUACUGUGCUUAGAGCGCUCUGCCGGGUUCUAUCUCCCAGGCUUGGCUCCUGUAAGUUUCUGCGAAGAAAACUCGGAGACUGACAACUGCAAGGUAAGGAUGGGCGCAGGAGACCCCAAUACGGGAGACACACAGGUGGGCUUUACCUGCACUAAGACACAGGAGGACAUGGCUCCUGAAUAAUGGGGGGAGCACAGGUUUCAGGCAGGUAUGGUAACAACAAAGUCAUACUUCCUGGUACUAGGUGAGCCCUUUAACGCCUUGUGUGCCAUGUAUUUCCGUAUUGCACAUACCUGGAAAAAGUAAUAUGUAUGUGUUUUUUUGUUUUUAGUAAAAGCCAUCACUAGUAACUAGAUGUAUUGUGUCAAACCCUCCUUAAUGGGAAAAGUGACAUUUCCAAGGGCUCGUGUGAGGUGCAGGGUUUAUUGGAAAGUUUUACAGUUUCAGUUUACUGUCUGUUGCUCUCCUAAAGGGCCACACUCCACUCUCACCUUCCAGUUCUGCAACUUUCCAAGCUUGUUGUUUGGUUGCUAUCCCUCUCCAUGCCCUUCCUAUUGUGUUUUUUAUACCCCACCUUCUCUAGACUGGAAGCUCCUUUGAGCAGGUUUCUCCUCAACCUAUUGUUCCUGUAACAUUCUUGUCUAAUUGUUAAAUGUCUCCCUUUUUCUAAUAUUAUAAAGCGAUGCGGAAUACGUUGGAACUAUAUAAAUGUCAAAAAUACUAAUAAUAAGUCCAAGCAGAUGUAGACACUCCACUUAGGGGCACACAUGGGCCCAAAAUAACCUCCCUCACUUUUUGUUGGGUAAUAUAUAUAAGUAAUAUAGUAAAAAAAAAAUUAUAUGCAAGAAAUAUGUGCUGUGCAUUUUGUUUAUACAUGAAUAAAAGCAUGUGUGCUUAUAUAUAUUUUUUUUAAAUGUACCCUGUAAAAAUAAUUCAAUUGUCAGUCCUUUAUUUUGUACAAUAUAUGUUGACUAUGGCAUAGAAUAUAUUCCAAAUGUCUAACUCACAUUGUAGCAGUACAACUCUGUUUUUUGAUAUUAUAUAAUCUAAUAACCCCACAAAUCAAAUUUUAAUAUUCAAAUUAUGAAUCUCAUAGUUUAAUUAUGCAUAAGAGAAAGAUAACUCAGUUUAUAUAAAUAACAAUUUAUUGCUUAAAAAGUACACAUACUUAAUUUUAAAGUAGCAUGCUAUGUGUUCAACUCUGUUCUGCUUCCUGAAUUGUAGGAAUAAUUAAACCUCAUCUCCAAGUUCUGGAACCAGCAGUUUCAUGCAAGAUGUUUAAAGGAGCACUAUAGUGCCAAGAAACAAACUAUUUUUCCUGGCACUAUAGGGUCAUUAUGUACCACCCUAAGGGCCCCCCUCCCCUUCAGCCACUUACCUUUCUCCAGCGCCGGGCUCCCUCUGUGCUGGGGAACUCUCCACCCGCUGCCGACGUCAGAGCCGCGCAUGCAUUCAAACAGCCCAUAUAAAAGUAUUACUCAAUGCUUUCCUAUGGACGUCCAGUGUCUUCUCACAGUGAUUUUCAUAGUGAGAAUCAUGGAAGCGCCUCUAGCGGCUGUCAGUGAGACAGCCACUAGAGGCUGGAUUAACCCUCAGUAAAACAUAGCAGUUUCUCUGAAACUGCUAUGUUUUCAGCUACAGGGUUCAAAACUAGAGGGACCUGGCAUCCAGACACUUCAUUGUGCUGAUGUGGUCUGGGUGCCUAUAAUGGUCCUCUAAGUGUUUCUUCCUCUCAGUGAGGUCAGCAUAGUGAAUUUGCACAAGACAUUUCAGCUUCAAGUGUUUUUAUUUAAGGCACUAUGCCCUUUCUACCCAAUUUACUCUCACCUAAAAUAAGAAAGUUUAGUUAUGUGAAAGCAGCCAUGUGCAGUGCCGCCCUUGGCUACCAACACCUCAUGCACACAGCCCAGGGAGGAAGAUAGUCUUUUGACAGUACACAAGCCACAAACAAGCUGGAUGGGUCUUGGCCACUAACAUCCUUUGAUGUUCAAGGGACAGUCUUAUAACUGCAGCAAUAAAUAGUAUUUAACCUAUGCCGUACUCAUAGGUUAUUAUGAUGCUUACAGUGACUUUUUAGUAGGGUUAGCUAUACUAUACUUGGACUCAAUUCUCUCAAGUAUUUGCUUAAAUGUGCAAAAUUGUUUUCUAGAUUAUUUUAUUUUUUCUACAAACGAAACAAUAGGUUCAUAACUCUUGGGAGGUAUGUCACUGGUCUUCUUUAAAGUAUUCGAGGUGUAGAAUACUUUAAUGCACAUGCAGAUCACAAAAAUUCAGUUUUUUUUUUUUUUUUUAUGCUAACCUAUUUUAUUUCUCAAUUUCUAGUCACAGAUUAAACUCUUUGUCAACCGUUUGGAUUCUGUGGAAUCUGUUCUUCCGUAUGAGUAUGAUGCGUAAGUAAUCAUUUUUAACUUGUAUAACUACGAUACAUUUUAUCUUUGGUUUCGCUGUAAAACUAAUUUCUCUUAGUAUAUUAGAUCUCAAUUUCUUUUCAGUUCACUAAGCUAGUAAAAUUUCAAUCAAAUUAAUUGCUCAAAGGUAUUUUUUGUCAAAACAUGGGGAAACAGAACAAAGAAGGGAGGGGGGAUUGCAGGCUGAAUACACGCACAUAUACAACAUGGACUUCCCUGGUUCCAGAGAUUCAAUGGUUUUAUACAUGAGUUUUACAGUUACAUUUACGGUGUUUGUUACAUACCAGUACGCUUUUGGUUGGUCUCGAUCGUGGUUAUGGUACCAGAUUGUGUAUUGUUUAUUGUUUACGCCCUACUAUCCCAGUGGGGCUUCUAUGUGUGCGGGUUCAUAAUGUUGGCAGUUUGGGUUCCAGGGUGUGGAAGGGGAGCUUUGGGUCUAUGUAUCCCUUUCCCCUCGUCAUCUCCAUGUUUGCAAUUCCUCACUUUCCGUGCUUAGGGGACACAGGCACUUAUGCAUAUCUGUGACCCUGUAGGCUACCAUUGCCGAGCAUUGAGGUUUGUGCCCGCCGCUGAGCAUAUUUAUAGUUGGAUAACUGAGUUACAGAUUUGCAUCGAGGCUUCGGAGUUAUGUUAUGGUAAUAUCUGGGUAGUGUACUUUGGGUUAGAUAUAUGUCGCCUGUUUGCUGCGUUUUGCCUGUUGGUACUCUUCGUGGUACCUAUCAGCAUGUUAUUCGUGGGCUACUUAGGUCACAUUUGAUUGGUUAUGGGUGGGUAUUGUAGGGUUCUUUAGUGUGUUUUACUCGUAGGUCAUGUGCCUCCUGAACCCCUUUUCGUGCACCAAAUUGUGUGGUAGUCAUCCUUUCGUACGCCCAAUUUAGGUCUACCUGCUGUAUGAGAUCUUCUCUGGGCGGGAUCACCGCCUUCUUCCAUAUUUUAGAUAUCACUAGGUUAGCUGAAAUUAGUGUGUGGUAUAUUAUCAACUUGACAUGUUUCGGUAUUUCCUCUGGUAAUAUGAACAGGAGACACACCUGUGGGUCAUCUGCUCUUGGGGUGGGCAGUAUCUUCUGUAUUAAGUUUGCUAUUGCUUCCCAAAAUGGUCUGAGUGUGGUGCAUGUCCACCAGACGUGUAUCAUUGUACCCACCUCCUCCCCACACUCCCAGCAUAUAUUGCUGGUUGCUGGCCAUAUUUUGUGCAGCUUGUCCGGUACCAGAUACCAGCGGUAUAAGAUUUUGCGCUGUAAUUCCAUGUGUGUGGCACAUGCUGUGAGCCCCUUGUGGGCUAUGUAGGCCCUCUCUCAGUCCCUAUCUCCUAUUGUUCUGCCUAUGUCCGCUGCCAUGCCAGUUUUAUCUCUCCUAAUAUGUGUGUUUGGUGCGCUAAUAGUCUCUGGUAUCCCUAGGACAUCGUUUUGUUGAGUGGUGCGAUUCCCGUACAUUGGUUUUCGAAGUCUGUCAUGUGUGUCUUUACAUUAGUGUGUGUUUGUUUUCCCAAUUUGUCGGUCACAUAAGAUUUAAGCUGGAGUUAGGAGAAAACAGCUUUAGUGGGUAGGUUGUACUUGUACUGUAUGUCAGGAAAUGGUGUUAUUCGACCCCUAUCUAUAACUUGGUAUAUGUGGUGUACACCUCCCUUCACCCAUGUUUCCCAUGGGAAUGUAGGGAUGUCUAGCCCAAUUGUUCGCAUUCUUGUGGCCAGGGGUAGUUUCAGCGUUGACUCCAUAAUCGCAGUAGGGUUUGGGUAGUGGGCAGGAGAGCAUCUAGGGCUCGGUUAUUGCCUGUCUGUUUCCACAUUAGUGAUCGGAGAUCACUUUGUGGGGCUAUGCUGGACUCAAUUGUCACCCACUGUGGGAUGUUCGUAAGCCGGUUAAUUUGGGUGAUGUUUUGUAAGUAUGCAGCUCUGUAGUAUGCUGUUAGGUUGGGUAGGCCCAACCCCCCAUUUUUUACUGACUGUUGUAACGUCCCUGCUGCUACUCUCGCCUUUUUCCCCUCCCAUAUGAAGGAGUUGAUAGUAUGUUGCAUGUUUUUCAAGAAUUGUUUUGGUAUGGGUAUUUGUAGCGUACGGAAAAGAUAUUGUAUCUUAGUUAUGAGCGACAUUUUAACUGCUGCAUUUCGGCCCAGCCACGAUAGGUACCUUCCCCUCCAAGUUUGCAGAGUGUCCGAGAAUUCUUUUAGCAUUCGGGCAUAAUUGUGUCUGAACAGGUGGGCUGGGUUUUUGGGUAGUUUGAUGCCCAAGAAUGUCAGGUAGUCGUGUCUCCAGUCUAGUGGGAAUGCCAUCUCCAGUCUGUUUGUUAGAUUCUCACCCAAUGGGUUUUCGUGACGUUUAGUUUGUAAUAGGACACUGCUCCGUACUCAUGGAUUCGUGCCGUCAGCUUUGGUAGAGAGAUUAUGGGGUGUGUUAGCGUUACUAGAAUAUCAUCCGCGAACAAGUUAAGCUUGUAUUCCUUAUCGCCUAGGUGUAUGCCUUGUAUGUCUGCAUCAGCCCUGAUGACUGCUGCCAGGGGUUCCAGCACUAGGAUAUAGAGCAACGGUGACAGGGGGCACCCCUGUCGCGAGCCGUUGGUGAUGUGAAUUUGUUUGGAUAAGAAACCCAGAGUUUAGGACUCUGGCUGGGGGAUGUGAGUAAAGUGCCAGGACAGUAUUUAUGAAGGCUUGGGGGAACUUAUAUUUACCAAGCACUGCCUGCAGAAAGGGCCAGUUGAGCCUGUCAAAGGCCUUUUCGGCGUCUGAGAGAAGAACCCCCCCUACCCGCUUCGGAGCAGGCUGCACAGUAAGUCAAGUACCUUCUGACCCUUGUGAAGCCCACCUGGUCAUCGUGGAUCAGUGUUGAGAGUAUGUUGGUUAUUCUGUUGGCUUGUACCUUCGCGUAUAGCUUAAUGUCCAUAUUUAGGAGGGAGAUUGGUCUGAAAUUUUGGCUACACGUGGGUGGUUUUCCUGGUUUGGGCAGCGUGACUAUGUGUGCACCCAGCAUCGCUUCUGGUGUGUCAGCUUUGAGGGUGAUUGCUUUGAAUAAGUUCGCCAGGUGCGGGGCUAGAGUGUUUGCAAAUUUUUUUUUUUAUAAUUGUUGGUGAACCCGUCUGGGCCUGGGGCUUCCCGCUCGGGAGGUGGGAGAUGGCCUGGAGCACCUUGUCCACUGUAAUAGGGGCUUGCAGUAUAUCUAUUUGUUCCCUAGUUAGUGAUGGUAGGGGGACCCCUUCUAGGUAUCUAUCUAUCUGUCUCUGAGUUGGCUGGCAUGUGUUGGCAUCAUUCUCUAGAUUGUAUAGGGUUGUAUAGUAAUCCGCAAAGACAUCACCUAUGUCCUUGGGCAUUACCUUCUUUCCCCCGGCAGAGUUUUGGAUGAAUGGGAUCUUAGUGUUUGCGCUCCUGUGUGACAGUCUCCUAGCUAAUAAUUUGUUUGCCCUAUUCUCCUGUACGUAGUGUGUGGCCCUGAGUUUUCGAAGGUGGAACCCUGUUUUUGCCAAGUCAUGCUCCUUAAUUUCUCCUAACUUCUCCUGAAUUUGUCUUUUUAACUCUGGUGUUGGGGUCAUUUGGUUUUGCUUGUUGAGGGCAUACAAUGUUUUUAGCCAGCUUUUUGUUUUUGUUUGGGACUCUUGUUUUAGUGCGCUUGCUUUUCCUAUGAGAAAUCCCCCUAAUAACUGGCUUGUGGGCCUGCCGUAAGGUUUCCAGCGUUAUUCCUGGUGUCUGAUUGUUAGUAAAGUAAAGGUGCAUGUCAGUGGCUAGGUCCUUACAGAAUUGUGAGUCAUUCAAAAGGGUCUUGUUCAAUGUCCACGGACUGCGGUGUUUGUAGUCAUAUGCAUCUUGCAGUUCAAGAGUGAUUGGGGCAUGGUCAGACCAUGUAAUGGUGCCUAUCGAGCAAGAUGUUAGUUGGUUGAGGAAUGUACCCUUUAUAAAGAACCCGUCUAUCCGGGAGUAGGUGUUGUGGACCUGGGAGAAAAAUGUAUAAUCCCUUUCCUCUCGAUGUAGUACCCUCCAUGUAUCAAAAAGGUCAUGCUCACUAAGAAGGCGGACUAAGGGUUUGCAUUCUUGUGUGAAGGUUGUGUUUCUAGGCGUGUUUGGUCGUACUGUCGAGUCGGGGUCUAGUAUGUGGUUCAAGUCCCCGCAUAUGAUCGUGACACCCCUCUGCACUGGCGUGAGGCGUGUUAUGAUUUUUUGCAGGAAGUAUCGCUGAUUUACAUUUGGUGCGUAAAUGUUGACAAUAGUGUGUUCUAAGUUAUUGAUCUCACAAGUCAUAAUGAUGUACCUCCCCUGUGUGUCUCUGGCCUCGUACAGUAGCUUAAAGGACACGUCUUUGCUGAUCAGUAUAGAUACACCUUUAGUUUUAGAUGUGGCCGUGCUAUGGUACUGGACUGGGUACUGUGCUUGUGCCAGGUUGGACGCCUGUUUAAAGUGUGUUUCCUGUAGCAUACUAUGUCUGGGCGUGUCUUGCGCAGAUCUCUGGUUGGGUAGUAUCUCUUUACUGGGGUGUUCAGCCCCUUAACAUUGUGGCUAUAUAUUUUCAUAUUCUAUUGGAUAGUAUAUAAGGUUACUGGGUAUUUCUGUUAUUGUGUGUCGUCAUGGUGGUAUGCGAUCUCCCCAAGGGGUCCAUGUUUUUGCUGCCCCCUUGGUCCUCACUGCGGGGCUCUUCUGUGCCUGGGGUGAGGGUUGGGAGGGUAGGGAGCAGGACUAAGGUAUUAGCGAUACAAACAACAGUCGAAUAUAACAAAACAAUGUAUACAUUAACUAACAAACAUGUGAGUAUACAUUUCCCACUGAAGGGUAUUGCACUACCGUGAUAGUGCAAGGUGUGAGCGUGGUUACUAUAUAGACUUCUGGAGUGUAAAUCAGUUGGUUGCACACAUGCCCGAUUCACUCCAUCGAUAUUCUCAUGCGUGUUAUGCUGAGUGUGCUGUGUAUUUACCGGCUAGUGCUGUGGCGUGAGCUUGACUGGCGUGUGUCUACGACUUUUUUUUUUUUUUCUCCCUCUUUUAGUUUUUUUUGUGUGUGUGAAGUUCGUGUCGGUAUGUGUUUCAUGGCUUUUUUUUUUGUGUGUGUGUUGUGUUUGUUGUCCAGAGUGUACAUAAUGAGACAUCUAGUGCUUGGUAUACUUGCGCCUUGAUGUCUGCUAGGCCAUGGUGGGCCAUGGUCUCUGUGCCAGUUCAUUUUUUGGUCUUUCCUCUCCGGAUUUGGCGUAAUGUUUCAGCUGUGCAGCAGUUUGCGGCCUUCCUCCGGUGUGUUCACUGUAGUCACUGUGCCGUUUCUUCUGAUUAGGAGGCAGAUUGGAAAUCCCCCUGUAUAUUAUUGUGGCGGAGGGCUUCCGUCGUUUCCCUGAAUUCCUUUCAGGUUUUGGAAUGUGGCUGUGGAAAGGUCAGUGAACAUUUUAAUGUUCUUGUACUUUUGUGGGAGCUCUCAGUCUGCUCUUGUUGCUUGGAGUAGUGUUUCCUUAGCAUGGACGUAGUGUAGAUGUGUAAACACAUGUCUGGGGGUGUCUUGUGGCAGGAACGCCGUUUUUUGCACCCUGUGGUAUCUAUCCAGUAACAGAAUUUCUGCUGGUAUAAAUAGCGCCUUAAAGUACCCUAUUAGGUACUCAUGUAGGUCCUGCUGCCUCACCUCUUCUGGGAUGCCCCUGAUGCAGAGAUUUUGGCGUCUUGGGCUGUCCUGUAGGUCCAUGACCUUCCUGUGUGAGGUCUAGUUGCUGCUGCAUAUCUUUCACCUGUUCCGCCAUUUCGUUGUGCGCUGUGGCUUGUUCCUCCAUGCGGUUUUCCACAUGUGCCGUCCUGUCCCCCAGCUCCUGCAUCUCUCGUUUCAUUUCUCUCAGUGUGCCUUGCAGGGUUUCCAGGAUCUUACUGGACAUGUUGCCUAGGCACUUCUGUAAGAAGUCCUGGGUCACUGGUAAGUUUUGUGCCCCUGGGGAUGUUUGCAGUGGCAGUGUGUCAUUACCUCCAUCGCCAUCUUGUUCCUAUUCUGCUAGUCCUGAUUUUUUUGGCGUCGACGCCUGGGUCGUGAAGAAGCACAGUGCGACCAUCCGCUUUGCUUGUCAGGCCACGCCCCCUGCUCAAAGGUAUUUUAAGAAAAAUCUUCAAAGUGACAUCUUUAGCACGAUGGCCUCUACGUGGUGUUAUAGAUAUAUGGGUGCCAUCCCUGGCUCUGUUUUUGACCUGUUUGGCUAAAAUAGGGAGUACCCUUGACACCCACAAAUUACCUUUCUUGACAAUUCCACUGUGAAACUUACACUUUUGCAUUAGCAUUAUCAAUUACUCCCAUAUUUGGACAGCGGUGAUAGGCCAACAGUAUCACCUGUCCCUCUCAAAAGUAAGCAGCUCUACAAAAGGGGCAGGUACUGCUUUGAAAGCUGAAUUUGAGUUACAUGGAGUGAUGGAACCAAAUCCUGAGGACUCCAGACUUAUAGCGGCAAAUCUUAAUGAUCAUAAAGCGUAUCGAAGGAACAAUGCUCCUUCAGAGUGUUAUUUGGGACUAUAUGUUAUUUUUUAGGUAAGCUUUUAACAUAGUUGAGAAGUAAAUGUGUUUAACCCUGUUUAUGGCUACUGAUCAGCCUCUUCUCGGAAAAAGGUGGAAUACCUGCACUUUAGGACUCUCAGUUCGGCUCUUCUUGAGCAUGCCUCUGUAGCACAUAACUUCUUCCUCUUUGUGACUGAAUCCAUACUUGGCUUUUAGCUUGCUCAAUAUAUAACAUACAGCACACUCAGUGUUUUGUCUUCUGGAUUUUUGUUUUUAAGUUGUAAAAAGUGGUAGUGGUGUUCAGUUUAUAUAAUUUGCGCACCACAAUUUUUGUUAUUACCACACCACACACAGACAGACAGGAUGCUCACUUGAGGAUAGUAUGAGGGAUAGUUACAGUAGAUAAAUUCUCAUUUUUAUUUCCUAAUUUUGUUUCGGCAUGGUGACGUAGAGCUGUGUAUGGGUCAUGUCUUGCUUUGGAGAGGUUAACAGGUAUAUAACUUUGGGUUCUCUGUUUUUUUUUUUGUUUGUUUUUUUGUCUGUCUAGAGCAGCAAGCUUUCCACACAGUUGUUCCUAUUUAAGUUAUUUCCCUGACUAGAUUCCUAUAGUGCACUCAAGGUUUUAAAUGAAAGCCAUGAAAUUGGAAGAUCUUUUUUUUUUUGUUCUUAUGUGUGUUUGUGGUGAAUGGAUCCAUAAAUUUCUUCACUGAUACCAGUGAAAUUGUGUACUCUCUCCCGUUUUUAGAAGAAAAACUUAAUGGACACACGUCUCCUUUCCACUAUAUAAGACUAAUAAAGACAUUACUUCCUCAUUGGUCUUUUUUCCAGAGUCAAACCGGUUUAAUAACUAGCACUAGGUGUGAACUGCUGUUUAAAUUGCAAUUUACAAUGAUUGUUUCAUGAAUUCCAUUGUUGUAUUUAUGUUCUUGCCAGAUAUAUUUACAAAAUAUAUUAUGACAAUAUGCUGAAAUUAAGAAUCUACAUUGUUUCAGAGGCAGUCAGGACUUCAGGUUUUAAAAAAAAACAAAAAAAAAAAAAAACUUUUCUUUGUUUUUUGGUAUAUUAGUGGUUUUGUUUUAUUACUUUCUAAGCUGGUUGAGAGCUGACAAGUAUGAACCACUUAAAUGUUUCUCGUGCUUAAGUUAAGAAUGACCAAUCCCAUUCCAGUAAUCCUUAUGAACUGUCUUAAAGAUGUUUAAAGUGCUAUGUUGUUCGACUGGUUUCUUUUUGAUGCAGGAGCAAUAAGUUAUUUUAACAAUGUAAGGAAGUAUCUGUGUAAGUAUGAAAAGAAUCUCUCCUUUAAAGGGAUUUCUCCAGUGCCAGGAAAACAUAUCCGUUUUCCUGGCACUGCAGGACCCUCUAGUACCCCUCUCGCUCCCAACCCCCAUCCCAAGUCGCUGAAGGGGUUAAAACCCCUUCAGUUAGUUACCGGAGUCCAGUGCCGAUGUCCCUCAGCGCUGGGUCAGGCUCCGCCCACGCUCCUCCCCCGCUGUCAGCCGGCGGGGGAGACCUAAUGUGCAUGUGCUGCAAUGGCUGCGCACACGCAUUGAAUAAUAAUUUCCUAUGGGGAUUUCCUCGACGCUGGAGGUCGUCACAUAGCAUAAGGACGUCCAGCGUCGUUUAAAACACUUUUCGUGUUCUAUGAACAUGGAAGUCCCUCUAGUGGCUGUCUAAUAGACAGCCACUAGAGGAGGACUUAACCCUGCAAUGUAAAUAUUGCAGUUUAUGAAAACUGCAAUAGUUACACUUGCAGGGUUAAGGGUAGUGGGUGUUGGCACCCAGACCACUCCAAUGGGCAGAAGUGGUCUGGGUGCCUGGAGUAUCCCUUUAAAGAUGUCGGUUUUAGUGGUUUUACAACUUACAUGGGCCCUCCACUUCAGUUAAUAGAGCUUCCGAGCCUGGUGGACCCCAGGUUAGUAGUCAAACUGUUGGCAAAUGGCUGACUACUUACAUUGGUAUAUUUCUUUGUUAAUUUCAUGCUUCUACAAUUGAGAACAUGGAUUUGUGGUUUAUGCAUUGUAGUAGACUAAAUGCAAAUACUUUAAAACAAAUUGCUUGUACUCUUUUUUUUAUUUUCUAUACUGAUUGAUACUUGAUUGGUAUAUGGAGUGCAGGGAUGCAUAAAAUAUAAAAAUAAAUGUGUACUCCUGUUAUGUUUGGUUUUCAUUCAGAAAUUGGACAGUUAGAAAAAAGUGGCAUAUCCUUUGUCUUGAUAUUUUUACUUUCAAUAACGACUGCUUGUGCUUUGGGGGUAUUUAGUAAAUUGUAACUGAAUAAAAUGUGUUGUAUUUUUUUUUUUUUAUGAUAGUCUUUCUUUUCUACUACAGCUUUGAUUUCUGCAAAGAUGAACAUGAAGAAUGGGCUUCUGAGAACCUUGGACAAGUAUUAUUUGGAGAAAGAAUUGAAUCAUCCCCAUAUAAGGUUAUAAAACUUGAUUACUUUUUAUCUUAUGGGAAACUGGGUGAGUCGGAGCUUGUACACUACUCGUUCUUUCAUGCAACCUCAGUGCUGGUAUUUCUCAACUGCCUUCAGUUUGGUGUUUAUUGAAGAACUAAUGGUUUUAUUGACUAUUAUAAAAUAGAACUUCAGUUAUUACAUGAUCAUUUUGUUUGUGAGUUAAUGAGUUACCUCGUUUGGAAAAGGAAAAGGGUUAGACUUGCCACGUAUGUAGUUUUCAGCUCUGAAGAAUGUGUUACUUUGUCAUCAAAAUGAGACUUAUUUUUAUGGAAAUAAUUAAAAAAAUAUAUAUCUAUCUUCACUUUCUUAUUUUGCAGUUUACAUUCAAGAAACCAGAAACAUGUGCAAAAGUUUGUACCAAGACCUACACAACCAAAGACAAAAUAGCAGCUCUUGAAUUCAUGAAAAAGGGAAUUGAGCUUAACUAUCAACAACAUUGGUGAGAUUUGUCUGUGUGCAUUAAAUGGGCAGUCUCCGCACCAUAGCAAUUACAGCUCAUGUUCUAGCUGGGCUCUCCCACGGUUUGUUAUACGGUUUAGGCAGACUGACAAAAGCUCAGGCUCCUCUGGCACCUAAGUCAUAAACCUGUAGAUCGGCAAAUACAGAAGUGAAUUUCCGCAUUAACCGCUCAAGCUUGAACGGCAGUGGUAGAUUGUGAGCAAUGGACAUGGCUCCUAAAAACACUUUGAAUGAUAACCACUACAGUGAGUUGUAAUGGUUAUGCUCUUAACAUGUCCCUUUAAUCUACAUUUCCUUGAGGCUAAAAUUGUUAGAAAUGCAAUGACAAAUACAUCUAAAUGGUAGUGAAUUAGGGAUAACCAAACACGAGAAGGAUUUGGGAAUUGUUAUAGACAACAAAUUAGGCAGUAAUAUGCAAUGUCAAUCUGCUGUUGCUAAGGCCAGUAAGGUUUUGUCAUGUAUAAAUAGAGGCAUAAAUUCUUGGAAUUAAAAUAUAAUUUUGCCUCUUUAUAAAUCGCUGGUAAGAGCACACCUUGAAUAUGCUGUGCAAUUUUGGGCACCUGUUCUAAAGAAGGAUAUCAUGGCACUAGAAAAAGUGCAGAGUUGAGCUACAAAAUUGAUAAAAGGAAUGGAGCAUUUUAGUUAUGAAGAAAGGUAUAAAAAUUGAAAUCUGUUUAGUUUGGAAAAACGUUGCCUCAGAGGGGAUAUGAUAACAUUAUACAAAUAUACUCAGGGCCAGUACAAACCAUGAUCUGGAAAUCUGUUCAUAAACAGGGACAUAGGACACGAGGUCACGGAUUUAGGCUGAAAGAAAGGAGAUUUCAUCUAAGGCAAAGAAAAGUUUUUUGUUUUUUGAACAGUAAGAACUAUAAGGAUGUUGAAUUCUCUGCUUGAAAGGGUGGUUUUAUCAGCGUCCAUACAAAUGUUUAAACAGCAAUUGGAUAAACACUUGCAAAAACAUAACAUACAGAGAUAUAAUGUCUAAUUAGUGGGGUAAUAGCUGCUUGAUCCAAGGAGAUAACUGACUGCUAUUUUGGGGUCAAGCAGGAAUUUUUUCCUAGUUUGUUGCAAAAUUGGAAGCGCUACAGACUAGGUUUUUUGCCUUCUUUUGGAUCAAUAGCAAAAACAUAUGUGAGGAACGCUGAACUUGAUGGACGCAAGUCUCUUUUCAGCUAUGUAACUAUGUAAUCUUAAAAUAUGGGUCCCAUGAGUCAUCUACUCUAGUGCAUCUUUUGGUAGGCAUGAAAAGAUGCCGUCCUGAUCAAUCAGCAUCUCUAUAGGGAAAGUUCAGUGUCUCCAUGCAGAGCGUGGAGACGCUCAACGUCAGUGCUGUACAGCAGUGGCCAGUGAAGGUGUCCCUAGGGAGAAAUGUAAACCCUGCCUAUUCUCUGAGAAAACUGUCCUUCUUAAAUAGAGUGGCAUUCUUUUUAACGUAGAUAUAUGUAUUUAUUUCUCGUUUUCAGGAUCAUAGACAAUAUGCCAGUGACUUGGUGUUAUGACGUGGAGGUUGGGCAAAAGUACUGCAGGCCUGGCUUCCCUAUUGGAUGUGCUAUUGCAGAAGAUGGAAGAAUCAGAGAUUCUUGUAUUCUAAAUGUAAGUGGAAACUUUACAUUAUAUGGGGUUUCUUUUUCAUUGAUGAUGUAACCAGUGUUUAGUGGUUUUUAAUCUUUUUUUCCCAAAUCAAAAGCUAAAUCUUUAGAGGGAUUAUGUCAGUUCUUGUUAUUAGCAGAAAACUACUGGCUUUAUUAACAUAUCAGUGAUAUUCUGAUGGCCAAUGUUAACUGGAAAAAGUAAACAUGUUUAUUUAUUUUGCUGAUUCAUCCCAUAAUGUUUUAUAUCCUAGAACCAAUUUAACAAAAAGAACACAUUCUACCUCUUCAAUCAUGUUGAUAUAAUAAUUACCUAUCACAGUGGGAAUGGAGAAAAUUGGGAAGGAGCAAGAUUGGUUUCAGCAAGACUUGAGCCCAAAAGGUAGUUAUGUUUUUGAUUAUUUUUCCCUCUCUCCCAAUCUGUUGAAAUAAUUAUGACGUUUUUACUAGGACCUGGGCCACAUGUAUGGGGUGGGGGGUGGGAGGGUGUGUUUGUUUGUGUGUGUUAUUGUGGGAGAAGGCUAUUUUUUGUGCUCGAUUGGCUGGAGGUAGAGACCAAGGGGCACAUCAGACAGACUGUCCUCCCUCCUGACAGUAUGCAGUGCACACGUUAGUCUCUGCAUACAGCUCAUUUGACAGUCUGGUAUCACUAAAUAUAGCGCCAACUAGCCGACAGAAGCCCAAAUAUCAGUUGAUACCUGGGUCUUCCUGGUGUGAGCAGGGAUAUAACCAUGUUAACACCAAAAUGUUAGGACGCUCCAUGCCAUCCUAACUGCGUCAAUGAUUACUAUAGUUAGGAUGGCAUGGAUGCUGCUAAAAAUGAAAUUUUGCUAAAUACAUUAUAAGCGUUUUCUAUGUUUGAUACAGAUUUGUAAAUAUUUAAUGUAUUGUCUGGAAAAUUAAAUAUAAUUUUUUUUUUCUUUCAAUUUAUGUCCAAUUUGUUUGUAAAAUCUUGAUUGUAAUACAAACUUGAUCACCAUACUCUUUAUGUACAUGUAUUUACUGUGGUUGUUUUUCUUGUAUUAGCUACAAGCAUACCAAAAAUAAUUUAAAUUGUGAUGGUCCUCCAAUGGAAAUUCCUCAAAAACUUACUGGUGAUCUGGAUGUAAUAUACACAUAUUCUGUGAAAUUUCAAGUAAGUCUUCAUAUAAAAGACCAAUGAAAUGAAUACAAUUAACACUUUUUUUAAAAAAAAUAACAGUUGUGCAAAGUUGGUUUGACUAUUGCUAAAUAUGGUGGGUUUUUUUAAUUUAUUUUUUUAUAGUCUAUCUUCUCAGUGUUUGUGGAAAAAAAUAAAGACAUUAUAUAAUGAAAAAAACAGUAUCAACAGCUUAUAAUUAAAAUACAAAGUUUUUUAAUUUUAUGUGCUUAAAAAUUUUAUAGUAGUACAUUUAUAUGUAUCUAUUUCCAGGAAAAUAACACCAUUAAGUGGGCUUCUCGAUGGGAUUAUAUUUUAGAAUCCAUACCUCACACCAAUAUUCAGUGGGUCAGGUACGUACAAAUAGAUUGUAUUUACAUUUUAACAGACAUUUUUAUUUUUUUUGUUCUGUUCUUCAAAUUGUUAUGCAUGAAAGUAACAACACAGGGUUAUCUGCAGGUAGAUGAAUAUACAGACCUCCAGGACUUAUUGCAUUUGCGCCUUUGUCAACUUUUAAUCAUAGGCUUAAAGAAACACUAUAGCGUUAGCAUUACAAAUGUGUGUUCCUUAUAAUAUAGUGCCUCCUUGGAUUAGAUUAUUGAUGAUCUAAACCAAUCCAAUAUUUAUCUACAAGAAAGCAUUGGGAAGCUAGUGUGCAUGCGUGCCAAAAUGGCAUGCUACACUAAACAGUAUUUUGUGAGACCAUCGAAUUGAAAAAGCAGAAUUUUGCUCUAUUUCAUUAGAAGGCAUUUAAAUCCUGCAAUAUAACAUUGCUUUCCUGCAGAGUGACAAUAUUUUACAUUGAAAGGCAAAACUACUGAGUCAUGGCAAACAGACCAUUUCAUUAAGAGGAUGAUUCAUUGGUCUGAGUGCCUAUAGUGUCUAUUUUGUGGGAGACCAGGGAUUAGCAUUGUUAUUUAUGAUUUAUUUAUUUUUUUAAUGUUGCUUCAGCUCAGAAAUGUGUAUUUAAUUGUCAUAAAGUUUUGUUUUAAAUUUUUGUUUUUGUUUCUUUUAUAUUUUCAUUGUGUUAUUUAUUAUGAUAAUGCAGUAACAAGUCCUCUCUAUUUAUUAUGCAGUAUUAUGAAUUCCCUGGUUAUUGUCCUUUUCCUGUCUGGCAUGGUGGCGAUGAUUAUGCUAAGAACGCUUCACAAAGAUAUUGCCAGAUAUAACCAAAUUGAGUCUUCUGUGAGUAUAAUGUUCUGUGUGCUCCAUGUGCUUUCCAAUUAUUGGCAUCCUAUAUUCUGCCAAUUUUCCAGGCUCUUGAGAUAAUUACAUCUAUCAAAAGCUGGACCCCAGCAUCAAGGAUAUAUUUAUUUUGUUUUAAGCAAAUGUUUGUGUGUACGGAGUUAACAUGUGUUUUUAAAAAAAAUAAUAAAAAAAUAAUAUAUAUAUAUAUAUAUAUAUAUUUAUUAAUUACGGGCAAACUAACAUUGGAAAAAGACUUGGUUUAGCUAAUAAACCCAAAAAAGAGCAAGUUUAAAAAAAAGUUUAGACAUUUUUUUUUUUUUUUCUCAUUUACAUUUUUGGGAUUUUCAACCAGAGUAAUUUUGUUCACACAUCAUAUUUAAACAGUAUGAAAAUAGGAACAAAAGUUUAUGGGAAACAACUUGGAUGAACAGAAGCAGCAAGAAAAACACAGUGACUCUCAUUCAAUCUCUUUAGAAAAAGGAGCAUAGAAAUAAUGAUAUUUCAUUAGCUGCCUUCAUCUGUUAUGUUGCCUAGACCUGUUUCAGACUUGCUCUUUUCAUUAAGGAUUCAUGUAGUGUGGCUCUGUCAGUCAGUAGUGACAAUUCUGAGUAUUUUAUAAAGAUAAAAUCUAUUAUGAAAUGCUCAUGGAUUGUGUUAUGAAUUCAUUGAAAUUCCAAUGCAUUGGAAAUAUAAGGAAAAGUAUAUCUUACUUUGUCUUAUGAGCAAUGCCAGGUAUAGCACAAGUUGAAAAAUGGUAGGAACUUCUGACCACAACUUUUUUUCAUUUCACAACAACAGUCGUUGGCAACAACUGUGGGGGAAAAAGCAUGUUCUCGUACAUGGUGCAAGCAAUUCCAUAGACCUUUGUUUAAUAAUAUCACAUAAAAUUAGUGGUCAAGAUGAACCUCUAAAUGCUGAAGAUAGACCCUGGAAUGAGGAUGGUCAUGCUCACAAGGGAGAGUUACCUGUUAAGAAUAGCUCUCUUAACGGGACAUCUAGACCCCUAUAGCAUUUAAGAGAAAAAUAAAGAAAGGCAAGGUCCCUAUAUAUCCUCCAAAUUAUAAGGGCCUAACCCUAGAUGAAUUCAGCAGAAGCGAUGUUCCAUUCGGAACCAGGAUAUUUUGGAGUGACAUAAAUGGAUAGAGCUAAAUAUGACUGUGAAAGAACAUCCCCAUGCAAAAAAUGUGCUAAGUGCCAAGUGAAAUAAAUAAUCAAAUUAGAUAUACCAUUGCAGGCCAAUGCUAAAAUUUGUGGUCAGUGACCUUUAAUAUAUUGCUUGGAAUACCAUGCGUGGUGUAUCUACUAAACAGUUAGAGGGAGAGCAGAGGCAUCCUAAGAGACCUUAGUAAGGAUAGAUCUAUGAUCUGACACACUUACUAUAAUUGCAUAGAGUGCUCCACUAGAGUGAACUAAAAAGAUAUAUAGAGGAACACCUUAUUUCACUUGACACUUAGCACAUUUAUUUGCAUGGGGAUGUUCUUUCACGGUCAUAAUAUUUAGCUCUAUCCAUUUAUGUCCAAAUAUCCUGGUUCCAAAUAGAACAUCACUUCCCCUAAAGCAUUUAAGCUUGCUGAAGUGUUUUAUGUGUGAAGAGUGUAAUUCUGCUAAAAAUAAUGGAAACAUGCUUUCUAACGAUACAAUUGUUGAAAACAGGUAUUUUGUUAACUGGUUGCUUUUAAUACCAGUUAACCUAAACAAUUUAUAAGUACAUGGGGAACAUUUUCCCCAGAGCAUUUAGCUUUUAACAAAACCUUAAAUUCUUUGUAAGGUGUCGGUUGUACAGUUCUCUGUGUACUUCUAUGUCCUGAGAUUUAUAUACUGCAAAUUAUUAUUUUUCUAUCAUUGGGAGUCUUUUACAUAGUUUUGAAAACUUGAAGGCCAAACUGUAUUGUUCUUUCUUUAUAUCUAUCUCUAAAAAUCUCCAGUGCCCAUAGUUACUAUACUUUACCUUGAUUUUUACAGGAGGAUGCACAAGAAGAAUUUGGUUGGAAGUUGGUACAUGGUGAUAUAUUUCGAUCACCAAAAAAAGGGAUGCUGCUUGCUGUUUUUCUUGGCCAAGGAACUCAGAUUUUCAUUAUGACAUUUAUCACAUUAUGUAAGUAUUUCUUACAUUUAUGCAAAAAAAGUAAUAUUAUUAAAUUAACCAUGACUUAUUCCAAAUCCUAUUUUUACUCGGCUCCAUAUCUUUUUAUGUUAAAGAAGAUAAGUAAUCUUAAUAGUGGUUACAAUGUCUCUUAUGAAUAGGCAUGCAUUUAUUGUCUACAUGUUUUUUACCAAUAAAGUGACAUAAUUUUUAUUCAGUAUAUUAGCACUCGCACUACAGAAAGGUACACUAUUGGCACAAAUUCACCUGGCAACCACUUUAGAAACCGCUUGGUUGAACUCGUAGGAUACACUGUGACUUUUGUCCUAAAACAUCAAACAAUGAACUGUCAGCUCAUUUUCAACUAUAGUUGCAUUCAUUAAAAACAUUUUGAUUUAUAAAAGUGGAUCAAUAGUGCAGUAUGUUCUUGUAGAAAUUCUAUAUUGUGCUUGCUCCAAUCAUUUAGCCAUCAUGAAUGGGCGACUAAUGGGUUUAGAAGAUACCAAAAUGAUAGCACACUCAAUUCUAAAGCAAAAUAGAAAAAUGGGUACUUUAUUGACACAAUAUAGAAGUAUAGGUAAGAGGGCUAAUCUUUCCUAUAUAGAAGUAAACCUAUCUCAAUUCACAUAACUGGUCCACCAUAUAUAAAGUGCAAAACAUUACUUAAAGUGCUUAGUGCCAAAUCACCAUAAAUAUAUAACUCAAUACAUUAAAGUACAAACAAAUACAUAUGCACAAUACUGCCUGCCUGCAAUUCCUAUGCACAAAGCAAAUAACUGGAAAAAAUGGAGGGCACACAGAUGUCAGUAAUCUGUGCAGCAGAGUUACUAAAGUAUACUCUAAAUGUCAAUGAUCUGUCCCAAUCCUGAAUGUAUGGUGGUGGAUCCAAUACAGAAAAAAAUGAUAAAAAAUGAUGACAAAUCAAAAGGACAUUCUGUAAUAAAAGUCUAGGUUAGAUCUCACCCAAAAGUAUAUAAGGAGGCUUCCUGGUGGACAGUCAUACUGUAUUGAUUCUCCUGAAAGUAGAAUAAGGGAUGGAUACAUCCACUGCACAUCUCCUUCACUCUGUAUGCAGGGAUUCUCAUAUAGCAACAGGAUGGAGCAGCAUCUCCUUCACUCUGUAUGCAGGGAUUCUCAUGUAGCGGCAGGAUGGAGCAGCAUCUCCUUCACUUUGUAUGCAGGGAUUCUCAUAUAGCAGCAGGAUGGAGCAGCAUCUCCUUCACUCUGUAUGCAGGGAUUCUCCUAUAGCAGCAGGAUGGAGCAGCAUCUCCUUCACUCUGUAUGCAGGGAUUCUCAUAUAGCAGCAGGAUGGAGCAGCAUCUCCUUCACUCUGUAUGCAGGGAUUCUCAUAUAGCAGCAGGAUGGAGCAGCAUCUCCUUCACUCUGUAUGCAGGGAUUCUCCUGUAGCAGCAGGAUGGAGCAGCAUCUCCUUCACUCUGUAUGCAGGGAUUCUCAUAUAGCAGCAGGAUGGAGCAGCAUCUCCUUCACUCUGUAUGCAGGGAUUCUCAUGUAGCAGCAGGAUGGAGCAGCAUCUCCUUCACUCUGUAUGCAGGGAUUCUCAUAUAGCAGCAGGAUGGAGCAGCAUUUCCUUCACUCUGUAUGCAGGGAUUCUCAUGUAGCAGCAGGAUGGAGCAGCAUCUCCCUCAUUUUGUAUGCAGGGGUUCUCUCAUAGCAGCAGGAUGGAGCAGCAUCUCCUUCAUUUUGUAUGCAGGGGUUCUCAUAUAGCAGCAGGAUGGAGCAGCAUCUCCUUCACUCUGUAUGCAGGGAUUCUCAUAUAGCAGCAUCUCCUUCACUCUGUAUGCAGGGAUUCUCACAUAGCAGCAGGAUGGAGCAGCAUCUCCUUCAUUUGUUUGCAGGGAUUGUAACUGCAGGAUGAGGGUAGGCAGAUCCGGGGCUGCGCCCUCGGGACGUUGUGUCCCUUUAAAGGGCCAUUUAAAGGGACACAACGUCCCGAGCGUGCAGCCCCGGAUCUGCCUACCCUCAUCCUGCUGUUACAUGCUGCUCCAUCCUGCUGCUACACACGAAUCCCUAAAUUCAAAGUGAAGGAGAUCUGCAGUGGAUGUAUCCAUCCUUUUUUUUUCUACUCUUUGCUGCACAGAUUACUCCAUUUUUUCCAGUUAUUUGUUUUGUGCAUAGGAAUUGCAGGCAGUAUCGUGUAUAUAUAUUUGUUUGUACUUUAGUGUAUUGAGUUAUAUAUUUAUGGUGAUUUGGCACUAAGCACUUUAAUGUUUUGCACUUUAUAUAUCGUGGACCAGUUAUGUGAAUUGAGAUACGUUUACUUCUAUAUAGGAGAGAUUAUAUGAGUGCGGUAUUAUUUUGGUAUCUUCUAUAAUUAUAUGGUGGGUCUUUUAGAGGUGACCCAGAUACCUGCAACAAAAGGUGUGAUUGAGUGCAAGUAUCAUUGGAUAUUUUGGACUAAUGGGUUUAGACCUAAACAUAACCUUGCUUGUGAAAAGCUGUGGAUUUUCCUCUACUGUAGAGCAGGUGUUUGAAAAUUUGCAGUGCUUCUGGCCACAGAGAUAGUAUGCCUGGGACAGAAUUGGAAAUCUUUAAUUGGUACACUUAGCACCCUUAAAGGUACACUGUAGGGUCAGGAAAACAAACCUAGAUUUCUGACCCUAUAUUUUUAAAAACCCCAUCUAGCUCCCACUAACCUCCUUGCCCCCACCUUUAUUCCAGUCUGCUGCUGCUGGCUCUGCAUCUGAUCUGAAUCCCUGGCUGACAUAAUCAGAAGUGAAAGCAUUGAAUUGGCUGAUAAUGUCAAGGAGGCACAUCAGGGGCAGAGCCAGCACAAGCCAAGCACAGCCCUGGUCAAUCAGCAUUUCUUCAUAGAGAUGCAUUGAGUCAAUGCAUCUCUAUGAGGAAAGUUCAGUGUCUGCAUGCAGAGGGUGGAGACACUGAAUGUCAGUGCUGCAAACUGUACAGCACUGCCCCAGGUAGCACCUCUAGUAGCCAUUUGAGGAGUGGCCGGUGGAGGUAUCCUUAGGCUGUAAUAUAAACACUGCCUUUUCUCUGAAAAGAGUGUUUACUGCAAAAACCCUACAGGAACUGACUAUACUCACCAGAACAAAUACAAUAAGCUGUAGUUGUUCUAGUGAGUAUAGUGUUGCAUUAACUGCAAAUUCACUAGAUCCUAAUAAUGUAAUGUACCCAUUGCCAUCUAAUUCAGAAGCUCAUGAAGGAACAUCUUGAAUGUGAAGAACCUAAAUCAAUCCUUUAGAAUUUGCCACAGAACCUACACAAAAAGUUCACGUUGGGAGAUCUCUUGCAUGCAUGACUGAAUAAAGAUCACCAGUCAAACAUUUUAGCUUUGUGUUCAAAUUGUAUUUUUAGCUCGUACCAUUUUUGUUUUUGUUUUUUUCAGUCCAAGCGUGUCUUGGUUUCCUGUCGCCUGCUAACAGAGGAGCCCUAAUGACAUGUGCUGUUGUCUUGUGGGUACUCCUUGGAACUCCUGCUGGUUAUGUGUCUGCCAGAAUGUACAAGAGUAAGUGACAAGUUUUCGUAUUUGUAAUUUUUAUGUUCCUUUUGUCUACCCAAUUUUUUGCCUAUCUUUAACCCCUUAAAAACACAACUUCUGGAAUAAAAGGGAAUUGUGACGGAAUAUUUCCAUCAUGUGUCCUUAAGGGGUUAAAUAAUGAUACUUGUGUGAGUAAUUGUUGUUUAAAAUAAAAAAGAAAAGUAAAACUUUUUUGCUAGUGCUCAUAUUUUAAUUCAGAAAAAUAUCAAAAGUAAAAUCAUCCCUUUAAAAGAACUUUCACAUUGGAGAGGUGUGUGUGCAGCAUAUAAAGCGUUGCUUAUAAUUGUUUGGCUUAAUUUUUAUAGAUUUGUUAUUGAUAAAACUAUAUUAUGGCAUCACCAAUGGCUCUUGCAAAGAGACUCCCCCCUACGCCCAUGCUCCUUUUGGUAUAUGAAAAUUGUCACUGUGCAAGUAAACUUCCAUUUGCACUUCAAAUCUUUCUGGGUGGCGAUUAUUUUUAUUAAAAUUGUCCUCCUUAGUUCCUUCACCUUCAUAGCCCAGCUCACUCUCUCUCCUUCUACUGUUUGGUUGUUCCCCACACCAGUUUGACACUAGCUUUUUUUCAACAAAGGCAUCUUGUCCAUCAGUCUCCUCUCCUCUGACAUGCUGCUAUUCACCAUGUGUGUUUAUAACCCUCCUCCUCGAAUGUAAGUAAUUUGAGCUGGGCCUUCUUCACCUCCUCUCUCUGUUAUUAUUGUCUAUGUUAACUCAGGACUCGACAAAUCCCAGGUGCCAGGUCACCGUGGCAACUAGGAUUUUUGUCCUGGCGUCUGGGAUUUGCAGACCCAUUCAGCCCCUGAGGUGGCUGGCUGUCUAUUAGUGGAGGUGGGAGCGGCUGGCAGGUAUAUAAAGAGCAUGGGCGUGCGUGUGGGUGGUUGGUUGGUCUUCCGGCCAGCUCAGUGUGCGUGCGGACGGGAGGCUCCUGGAGGUUUGUGGCAGAUGGGCAGACGCAUGGGGGUGCUGUAACCUCCCUUCCUGCUCUGCUCCCUCGCGCCCCCUCCAGUGAUUCCAGGAGUCAGAAUAUGACGUCAUUCCGGCCCCAGCAUCACUAAACAGCGCUCUAUGGAGCAGAGCAGGGAGAUAACUGAAGAACCGCUGGACCACAGGGAAAGUUGAACCAAGGUAUGGAGGCUGGGUGGUCACAUAAAUAUGUGUGAUUAUUGCAGUGACAGUGAGUGAGUGUGUCAGUGGUGGUCACAUAAAUGUGUGUGAUUGUUGCAGUGUGUGUGUGUGUGUUUUCACAUGGGAAAGGUUUUUUUUUUACUAACCCUUUUCUCCCACACUGUACUGAUAAUGCUGCAGCUGGCCUUGCCUCCAUGACUGCUAUCAUCAAUUUUGAUGAUCUCGGCCAAUCCAAUGCUUUCAUAUAGGAAAGCAUUUGGAGGCUAUUGCGCCAAUAAGCAUCUCCUCAUAGAGAUGCAUUGAUGCAGGUCAUGGAGACGCUAUACGUAGAUACUGUGCAGCACUGACCCAGAAUGCACUCCAGAGCCGUCUGAGUGAUGGUCACUAGAAGUGUUGCAAGGCAGCAAUGUAAAUACUGCCUUUUACAUUGAAAUGUGUGCAGGGACAGAUUAUAGACACGAGGACAACUACAUUAAGCUUUAGUGGUUCUGGUGACUAUAAUGUCCCUUUUAAGAAGUGUAUUUUUUUUAAAAAACCUGGGGCCUAACUUUUUUUGCUGGUUCCUAGAUUCCAAGCAAAUAACUACUUCUUGACCAUGAUCACCAUUCUAUAAUUGUAAAGCGCUGCACUGUUAUUUUGGCGCUAUAUAAAUAAUAAUCUAAAUUUAGUUAGUUGUACCCUGUAUCAUUUUUCUCUAAUGGUGUUGGGAAAAAAAACAACUCUUCUUAAGGAUUGAGAGUCCCCUUGAACAUUACUUUACAUUUUUGUUUUUUGUGUUUUUCUUUUGAGAGCAGGAAACAUUAUUCUGAAAGAUUUUCCUACUUUUGUAAAAAAAAUUAAACUGUCACAUCCAUUAUAUUCUUUAAGGAAUAAAAUUGUCAUGUGUGUUAACUAUGCCAAUAAUGAUGCCCCAAUCCCUCUAGUGUAGAGCCUUGGUUUGGACAUUUAUUUGGCUGGUACAUGAAAUUAGCUUGAUGAUCAUUAUCUUCAAUUGUAAAAUAAGUUCAGUAUCCUAUCUAAAUGAUAACAUUCUGUAUAAGAUCUUUAUUAGACCCUUGCCUUUGUCAACAUUGUCUCUAUUGCCCUGGAGAGAAUGAUGCGGCUAUAGUAAACAAAAUAUAUUGGUGGGAGUUUCCUGCGUCCUGUCUAUUAUAAUAUACUAUAUCAUAUAAUAUACUAAGGUUGAUUUUAUCCCUUUUGAUUAAAUUUAUCUCACCAGUUAAAAAAAAAAAAAAAAUAGCCUGAAUAGCUAAAAUAUUUACAUUACCUUAAAAAAAAUUACAGAAUUUCUCACACUGCCAUUUUUUUUGUUUGCUUAGGAACUUGUAUUCGUAUUUCUAAUUGCACAAGCUGGAUAUUUUUAGAAUGGGUUUUAGUUCUAAUAUAUAAAUAAUAUAUAUAUGGUUUUUUUUUCUGCAGCAUUUGGAGGCGAGAAAUGGAAAUCAAAUGUACUGUUAACAUCAUUUUUAUGCCCUGGGUAGGUAUCUUUUGCUCUGUUCUUUGGCACAUUUACAUUAAUGUAGUGGUAUUGAUGCAUCAAUCCUGUCCCUUUCGUGUGACAAUGUAAAAUGCCUUGUGUUUGUGUUUGCCAGAGAAUGUACCUCUAGUUGCUGUGAGACUGAUGCACAUAAGAGGCACUUCCUUAUGAAGGAAGCCAUUUGCAUUCUUCAUAUUGGCUUCAUCACACAGCACGAUGAUGCCAAACAGAUCUAAUGCUUUUAAUAGCAUUGGAUUCGGUGCUUUUCUGAGAGAAGUAUUUGAGUGGUGGAGUGCUGCGGACUUGCUGUAGGUCCCCGGUAUUUUUCUGUGGAGUAUUGGAUUAAACAGCGAUCAUCACAACUGAUCUCAUUGUGGGUGGAAUGGCUACCAAGAGGAAACUGUCUCCACACUGGAUUACAUGUGAAGGCUAAAUUGGAAUUACUGGUUGUUGUGCUGUGUGUAUGGGUUUGUUUUUUACAUACAUUGCAGUUACCUUCUAACAUUUGUAUAUAAAGGUGCUAUCUCUGCUCCAAAAAUGUAAAUCAUUAUAAUUUUUUCAAUAUACCCAGCAUGGUGUAAGUCCUAUUUACAAUCCUUUAUUUCAUUGCCAUUAACUCAUGAUUGUUGCAAAUAUUUUUAUAUAAUGAGAAAUAGCUGUUGUGAACAACAGUUGGUAUCCAUCAAAGUCGAACACAACUUUCUUUUUUUUUAUGUUCAUCUAAGAAUCUAUUUGUGUUAAACCAAAAAUACUAUAAAAUGUCAAUGUCCUUCAUCCCAGAAAAGUGACUAGGAAUCAUGGGCCUUGUGGACUUUUAUCUAUGAAGGAGGGACGCCUGAAUCAUGAGACAUUGCCAUUUUAAAGUUUGAUGGAGCUUCCAGUCCUGUGCUAGAAAAGUAAAACCGAACCCAAUUUACACCCUGCUAAUGAAUGUACAUUGGAUGACUGGAGAGUCCGAUUUGAUAUUAAGAUUAGUGCUAAAGAAAUUGCUAGCAAAUGUAGAGAAAAUGUAGGUUUUAUUUAGUUUGCUUAUGGUGAACAUGUUUCAGACUCCAAAGUUAUUGUACGGUUUAUAAAUUGAUUUCUAAUUCUGAACAAAUUCUGUUUCUUCUCAUAGGAUAAUUUUUGCAGAUUUCUUCAUUAUGAAUAUUAUCUUAUGGCAGAAAGGUUCAUCUGCUGCAAUUCCAUUUGGCACACUGGUGGCCAUUCUAGCAAUGUGGUUUGGUAUCUCUGUCCCAUUAACCUUUCUUGGGGCAUACUUUGGAUUCAAGCAAAGGGUAAGCUAUUAGAAGGACACUAUAGUUGCUAAAACAACUUUAUCUUAAUGAAGCCGUUUUGGUGUCUGGAUCAUGCCCCUGCAGUCUCACUGGUCAGUUGUCUGCCAUUUAGGAGUUAAAACCUAGUCACAUCUCCCUAUAUGUGACUUACACAUCCUUUAAAGCUAGAUCUAAUGUUUAAACUUCCUUUAUUGCACAUUCUGUAUAAUUUUCGAAUUUCAGAUCUCCUGCUUUAUCACUAGCCUGCUAGAGCUCCUGUGUGUGUGGUUAAAGUUCAAUUUACAGAGCAGAAGAUACAAUCUUGUAAAUUAAUUUAAAACCAAAGUAGAAUUUCCUAUUAAGAACAUACUUACACCCCUUCCCCCGAAAGCAAGCAAACACUACAACAUAAUUUGAAACCAUGUUGUGGUUUACACUAUAUUUGUGUAAACAAAUGUCAUGUUCUUAUUAAAAUACAUUGCAUGUAUCAACUGUCCAGACUUCAGUAUGCUGAAGCCAAUCUGCCUCAAUAGCCAUCAGUGAAUCCCUCUUUAUAAACACAUCCUUCACUGAGUGACUGCAUAUCUAAACUACAUACAUAUAGUAAUUGUUCCAUCUAGAAAAUAAGUUCUGUAAAAAAAACACAACAUACAAAUACAUAUCACACAAAUGAACUACUAAAACAAGCUAUAUACACAAAACACUCAGAUCUCAUUGCAGUAAGACUUCUGCAAUCACCGAGACAUUUACCUCCUCACAUGUAGGAGGAGAGACUGGGAGUAAUUUAGCGUGUAAACGUUGGCCAAAUAUUAUUUUUUUUUAAUUCAUGUUUUAAAAUAAUAUAAUAUAUAUCAUACAAUUUUGAUAUAUAUAUUAAACUAAUUUGCAUAAACUAAUUUGCAUAUGCCCACCCAGAAUCCUUUGCGGUUGUAACAUCACUGCUGAUUUGGGAUUUCUGUGGGAAAAGCAAGUCUUAUGGCUUGACUGGUGUGCAGAUUUUUGUUUAGCAUUGUAUUAACUAUCCACAUACUUCAGGUGGAAGGGGUUUUCAAUCACAAUUUUUCCCCACCAUAAUCUAUUUGGAUCUUGCUUCACAAGCACUACCAAGCCUCCAUAAGCAAACCAGUAACCAACCUCAUGCUGAAGAGUUGCAUUAACAACGAAACAGCUGUCCAUGAGUGGUUCACUGGUUUUGCACCUUAUCCUAAGUUGUGUUCCAAGCAGUUGUAUACUGCAAACACAAAUUAAAAGGAAUCCAUGUUUAAAAUGGAAUGAGGCAAAAAUGUGAUUCUUUGUUAAACUAAUUUGCAUAUGCCCACCCAGAAUCCUUUGCGGUUGUAACAUCACUGCUGAUUUGGGAUUUCUGUGGGAAAAGCAAGUCUUAUGGCUUGACUGGUGUGCAGAUUUUUGUUUAGCAUUGUAUUAACUAUAUAUAUAUAUAUAUAUAUAUAUAAUGUGUAAAAAACAGAUAAAAUUCUUAUCUUGUAAUACCUUUUUUAUUGGACUAACAGAAUUUUUUAAUGACAAGCUUUCGGGAGAACCUCCCUUUCUCAAGUCUGAAGCAUUUCUGAGCAAAACGACACAUAGAAUUCAAAGUUGAGUGAUACAGGGGUUAAAGCGACAUGAGUGUAGAUAAGACACAGGUUUGUUAGAAAAUAGACACCAUCUUAGCAGAGGGUCAUAAAUAUCUUGUUGAAGAGAAGAGUAGGGGGGAGAGAGGGAAAAGAAAAACAAACAAGCAGACAGUGCACAGGAUGAUACACUUUAUACAUGCACACACACAGAAAUAUGUAUAUGUGAACGCAUAAACAUAUGUAUAUAUACAUAAACACAUAUACAUACAUGCACAUGGACUCAUAUACACAAAUAUAAAUGCACAGUAAUAUAUAUAAGCAUUCAUGCAUACGAGUAUGGGAAAGCAUAGGUCUACACAUAGUACUUUGUAUAUAGAUAGAAUAAACAUAUAGGAAUGCAUUUUAAAGUGUUGGUACAUAUGACAGAACAGUAAGAUAAUGCUGGGAGAGUGUUCAUGUAAAGUGUUGGUAGUGGGACAGGAAUCCCAAAUCAAUAUUUAGUCCUCUCUUCUUGCUGUUAAACCAUUUAAUCAUUCUGGCUUCAAAGGCUUUUCUUUCCUGGGUAUUUUUAAAACCCCAUUUCAGUACUUUGAUUUUUAGGUCCUUCAGUGAGUGGCCAGGUUGGGUAAAGUGGUGUCCCACAGGAGUGCAGUAUGAUUCUUCUUUGUGGUGUUUAAUAGAGUGUCUGUGCAUAUUCAUUCUGCCAUUUAAUGGCUGGGUGGUUUCCCCAAUGUAGCAUCCUAGGUGACAUUUUAUGCAUUGAAUCAUGUAUACCACAUUGCUGGAUGUGCAGGAGUAUGAACCUUUAAUGCUGUAGGUUUUAUUGUUGUGUGUGGCUGUGUUGUCUGUGCAUAUGUGCUGACACAGUUUGCAGCAAGGUUUUUUGCAUUGACUGGUCCCGUUUUCUUCAUUCUUACCAUCAGUGGGCAGCUUCCUGUUGAUUCAUUUUUGUUGGAGGUUUGGUGGUUGUCUGAAGGCCAAAAUGGGUGUUUCAGGGAAAAUGUUUUUCAGAGUCUCAUCUUCUGUUAAUAUUGGUUGUAGGUCUUUGAUGAUUUUCCGUAUUUCCUCAAGAGCUGGGUUGUAGGUGACCACAAGUGGCACUCGUGUGCAUAUUUUUUUCUCUCUGUAUUGUAGCAGUAGUGGCGUUUUUACAGCAGAGUUGAUUUGUUUGGUAAUAGUCUUUGGUUUGUAGCCUUUCUGUCUCAUAGAUUGGGAGAGUACAUUUAGAUGGGGAUUACGGUCAGAGCAUAUGCAAUGGUACCUAGUGGCUUGGCUAUAGAUGAUGCCCUGUUUAGUAUGAGAGGGGUGGAAGCUGGAGCUGUGUAGGUAACUGCACCUGUCUGUGGGUUUUCUGUAAACCGAGGUGUGGAUUGUGCCAUUAUUACAGAUCACAGUGGUGUCCAGAAAAUUCACAGAUCUAGUGGAAUAUUCAAUUUUGAGUUUGAUUGGUGGAUGAAAUGUGUUGUCAUGGAACUGUAUCAGUUUUUCUUCGCUUUCAGUCCAAAUUAUGAAGAUAUCUUCAAUAUAGCGAUAAUAUUUGUAUGGUUUGGUGUGUUGGAUUUCUAGGAAUCUCUGUUCAAGAUCUGCCAUAAAUAGAUUAGCAUAUUGGGGUGCCAUCUUAGUGCCCAUAGCAGUGACCAUGGUUUGUAGGUAAACCUCAUUGUUGAAACUGAAGUAGUUAUGUGUGAGGAUUAAUAGUGCCAGUUCUGUGAUAAUUCGGGGGCUGUAUUUUUGGUUGUUGACAUGAGAGAGAAAAUGGAAGCAAGCAUUGAUGCCAUCUGUAUGUGGAAUGUUGCUGUACAGAGAUUCCACAUCCAUGGUUACAAGGAUGGUGUUAGCAGGGAGAUUGGUGAUUUGGCUGAGUUUGUUGAGGAAGUCGGUUGUGUCUUUUAUGAAGCUGUUAGUGUUGGUGACUAGAGGUUUUAGGGUAUUUUCUACCAGUCCUGUGCACUGUCUGCUUGUUUGUUUUUUCUUUUCCCUCUCUCCCCCCUACUCUUCUCUUCAACAAGAUAUUUAUGACCCUCUGCUAAGAUGGUGUCUAUUUUCUAACAAACCUGUGUCUUAUCUACACUCAUGUCGCUUUAACCCCUGUAUCACAACUCAAGUUUGAAUUCUAUGUGUCGUUUUGCUCAGAAAUGCUUCAGACUUGAGAAAGGGAGGUUCUCCCAAAAGCUUGUCAUUAAAAAAUUCUGUUAGUCCAAUAAAAAAGGUAUUACAAGAUAAGAAUUUUAUCUGUUUUUUACAUCUACAUCACUGGACUAAUACGGCUACAAUCUCUAUUUGAACACUAUGGAAGAUACCGCAUACAGCCGCCUAAAAAAGCAAAUCUACAAGAUGACCACAAAAGAAGUACAGCUCAACAGCGACAUACACUUUCUAUCCAUCUGCAAGAAAAGACAGCUGAUCCCCAAAGGCCUAAAAAUCAAAAAUCCACUGGCUAAUACGCAGAAAACACAGUAUGCUGAAAACCUGUGUAAACGCACUAGUGAGAAACUAAGAAACCAUCUCAUCCACCAGCUCUACAACAAGAAAUAUAGCAUACAACAUAAAAAACAAUAUCUACUCCAAAAUCUACAUGAGGAGAAUACAUAUAUUGCUAAACAACUAGAACAUGAUCUACACUAUUUUUACAAAAAGCAACAAAGGGACCCUUUUAAGAAGAAAAAUAAUAAACUCAUCAGACUACAGCAGGAUUAUCACAAACAUUUGGCAGAGAAAGAGAAAUGGCAAGAGAAAUCUGGUAUUGUUAACAUUUCGGAUUACAAACUAUCUGACCCAGAAACAUCAGUUCUCUCCAAAGGACUAUCAUUUUGCCCUAGCACAAAACUUGAUGACAUUGGGCUCUACUCUGACGUGGAAGAAUUUUUCAGAAGGAUGCGACUUAAGGAAUACUUCCAUGACAAAGAGAGCACUGAAACCACAAUGGAUUACAACAACCGGAAAAAAAACACUAAUUUCAGUCCUGCACCAGGACGAAAUGCCAAACUGGACAGUUACAUUGAAAGUUUCCGUCUAAGAACAGUAUCCUUGACAACCAAGCAAAACCAAAAGAAAAUGUUUCAUAAUCUCUCAGUACAGGAACAAAUGGCUAUAAAUGACCUGAAAAAUAAUCAUGCUAUCACCAUCAAACCAGCAGACAAGGGAGGAGCAGUAGUGAUAAUGAACACCCAGGACUACAUAAAAGAGGGUGACAGGCAAUUGUCAGAUGACAAAUACUAUAGAAAACUAAAUGAAGACCCCACCAAGGAAUAUACAUCACAACUUAGGGAGCUCAUUAAAUCCUUCCCUGAGAACUUACACCUAGAACUGCAAUCACUCAUACCAACUAGUCCCUGCAUGGGCACUUUCUAUAUGCUUCCCAAAAUUCACAAAGCAGGUAAUCCUGGAAGACCCAUAAUUACAGGAAUGGGAACUCUCACAGAACAGAUCUCAGGACUGGUAGAAAAUACCCUAAAACCUCUAGUCACCAACACUAACAGCUUCAUAAAAGACACAACCGACUUCCUCAACAAACUCAGCCAAAUCACCAAUCUCCCUGCUAACACCAUCCUUGUAACCAUGGAUGUGGAAUCUCUGUACAGCAACAUUCCACAUACAGAUGGCAUCAAUGCUUGCUUCCAUUUUCUCUCUCAUGUCAACAACCAAAAAUACAGCCCCCGAAUUAUCACAGAACUGGCACUAUUUAUCCUCACACAUAACUACUUCAGUUUCAACAAUGAGGUUUACCUACAAACCAUGGGCACUGCUAUGGGCACUAAGAUGGCACCCCAAUAUGCUAAUCUGUUUAUGGCAGAUCUUGAACAGAGAUUCCUAGAUAACCAACACACCAAACCAUACAAAUAUUAUCGCUACAUCGAUGAUAUCUUCAUAAUUUGGACUGAAAGCAAAGAAAAACUGAUACAGUUCCAUGACUCUUUCAACACAUUCCAUCCAUCAAUCAAACUAAAAAUGGAAUAUUCCACUAGAUCUGUGAAUUUUCUGGACACAACUGUGACAUGUAAUAAUGGCACAAUCCACACCUCGGUUUACAGAAAACCCACAGACAGGUGCAGUUACCUACACAGCUCCAGCUUCCACCCCUCUCAUACUAAACAGGGCAUCAUUUACAGCCAAGCCACUAGGUACCAUCGCAUAUGCUCUGAUCCUAAUGACCGUAAUUCCCAUCUAAAUGUACUCUCCCAAUCUAUGAGACAGAAAGGCUACAAACCAAAGACUAUUACCAAACAAAUCAACUCUGCUGUAAAAACGCCACGUACGCGCCUGCUACAAUACAGAGAGAAAAAAAUAUGCACACGAGUGCCACUUGUGGUCACCUACAACCCUGCUCUUGAGGAAAUACGGAAAAUCAUCAAAGACCUACAACCAAUAUUAACAGAAGAUGAGACUCUGAAAAACAUUUUCCCUGAAACACCCAUUUUGGCCUUCAGACAACCACCAAACCUCCAACAAAAAUUAAUCAACAGGAGGCUGCCCACUGAUGGUAAGAACGAAGAAAACGGGACCAGUCAAUGCAAAAAACCUCGCUGCAAACUGUGUCAGCACAUAUGCACAGACAACACAGCCACACACAACAAUAAAACCUACAGCAUUAAAGGUUCAUACUCCUGCACAUCCAGCAAUGUGGUAUACAUGAUUCAAUGCAUAAAAUGUCACCUAGGAUGCUACAUUGGGGAAACCACCCAGCCAUUAAAUGGCAGAAUGAAUAUGCACAGACACUCUAUUAAACACCACAAAGAAGAAUCAUACUGCACUCCUGUGGGACACCACUUUACCCAACCUGGCCACUCACUGAAGGACCUAAAAAUCAAAGUACUGAAAGGGGGUUUUAAAAAUACCCAGGAAAGAAAAGCCUUUGAAGCCAGAAUGAUUAAAUGGUUUAACAGCAAGAAGAGAGGACUAAAUAUUGAUUUGGGAUUCCUGUCCCACUACCAACACUUUACAUGAACACUCUCCCAGCAUUAUCUUACUGUUCUGUCAUAUGUACCAACACUUUAAAAUGCAUUCCUAUAUGUUUAUUCUAUCUAUAUACAAAGUACUAUGUGUAGACCUAUGCUUUCCCAUACUCGUAUGCAUGAAUGCUUAUAUAUAUUACUGUGCAUUUAUAUUUGUGUAUAUGAGUCCAUGUGCAUGUAUGUAUAUGUGUUUAUGUAUAUAUACAUAUGUUUAUGCGUUCACAUAUACAUAUUUCUGUGUGUGUGCAUGUAUAAAGUGUAUCAUCCUGUGCACUGUCUGCUUGUUUGUUUUUCUUUUCCCUCUCUCCCCCCUACUCUUCUCUUCAACAAGAUAUUUAUGACCCUCUGCUAAGAUGGUGUCUAUUUUCUAACAAACCUGUGUCUUAUCUACACUCAUGUCGCUUUAACCCCUGUAUCACAACUCAACUUUGAAUUCUAUGUGUCGUUUUGCUCAGAAAUGCUUCAGACUUGAGAAAGGAAUCCCGAAAGCUUGUCAUUAAAAAAUUCUGUUAGUCCAAUAAAAAAGGUAUUACAAGAUAAGAAUUUUAUCUGUUUUUUACAUCUACAUCACUGGACUAAUACGGCUACAAUCUCUAUGUAUAUAUAUAUAUAUAUAUAUAUAUAUAUAAUGACUUAUGAACCACUGUCAAAACUAAACAAGCAAUUUAAUUAAAUACACACAAAUAUUAUAAAUAUUUGUAUAUGAAAUAAGUAAACUAUGUACAGAAAUAAAAUAAAGUGUUAAGUAAUUAAUGACAACAUGGUACAAAAAAAACCCAGGAAGCAGAAUAUGUAUUCAGUCAGGUGGGAACAUUGUUAAAGUCAGAAUUUAUCUUUCACAUCAUCUUCCCACAUUGACCAUUCAUGCUGCAAUAUAGAUGUGAAAAGUAGAUGUAUCACGAAAAACCAAUUUACACCUUUUAUUUUCAAAAACGAGAGAUAAGACCUCACCCACAGUAAAGUUUAUUCUCACCCACAGAGUGUGUAAACUUGAACACCUGCCUCCUGGCAUCACCAGUGGUUUGCUAUAGAUCACCUCAUAAACUUACUACAAGCGAAGUAGUCAUUUGUCAUUAUAUAUUUCAAAUGUGCGUGACAGGAUGUUCCCAUUGCCAUACCAUUCUAAGACUAUGGUCUCAGACUGUCCCUCGCUGCCUCCUGCCUCUAGUUUAUUGGUGCGUACUGCCUGUCUGGGUCUCUAUACAGCAACAGUCAAUAUGGAAUGUGCACAUGUGUCCAUUUUGCAGUAUUCAUACACAUGUCCAAUUUACGCCCUACGUUCAGUAAAUAUAUGCCCUAGUGGUUAUGCUGUUAGUAGCACUGUUCCCUGGUAAUGGGGCAAAUGGUUUAAGCCCCCAAUAAUGAUGACUUAACCACAUCCGACUUCUGUAGAGCUGCUGAAGUCGGACGAUGUCGAUACAGACGCUCAUUCAUUGGUUUGAGAGCAUCAGUGGAGUGUUCUAAACCAAUGAAUGAGUGUCCGUUCAUACAAAAUAUGCAUUAAAUUAGCUUUAGCCACCUGAGUUCUGAUGUCCAAAUGACACUGCCAGAAGUAGCGUUGGACCUCCGGCAGGUAGCCCCAGUAUCAUUCUAAAACGCUGCACAUAUAGAUUCCAAUCACCAUGACCACUUCAAAACACUGAAGUGUUCAUGGUAUUUGGAAUAACCCUGUAAGUAAUUGUAUUAAACAAGUAAUAUAUUUUCAUGGUGAAGACAUUAAUUAAAAAAUGUUUUUUUAUUUUUUUUUAAAGGCAAUUGAACACCCUGUUCGAACAAAUCAGAUACCCCGUCAAAUCCCACAGCAAUCCUUCUUCACAAAAUCAUUCCCUGGCAUCAUUAUGGGUGGAAUUUUGCCCUUUGGAUGUAUUUUCAUUCAGCUGUUUUUCAUUCUCAAUAGUAUUUGGUAAGUACUUAUUCUACUAUUAUGUCUUUUGUUGCUUACUGAUCUAUUUCCAAAUGAACAAUUGGCAGUUGUCUGUGUACUGCAAUUCUGAGGUGUGUCAAAAAUGGGUGAGCAGUUUUAUAAAGUUGACUGACAGCUGACAUUUCUUUUCACUUUAACACUUCAUUGUCAACAUUUCUAUGUUAUAUAUCAGGUGCAUCUUCUUUCUCUGAGACUCUCUUCCACUAGAAAGUGGGAUUGUCACCUCAGAAUUAAAGGUGCGUUCUAACCACUGGCUAGGUGAAUUUUUUUUAAAAGUUUUGUAAUUCACUUAGUACCAAUAGCAAAGUUACCAUUCAAGCCAUACACUUGGACAUACAUGGACAAAAGUAUUGGGACACACCUCCUAAUGAUUGAAUUUGGGUGUUUUUAUUCAGGCCCAUUGCCACAGGGGUAUAAAAGCAAGAACCUAGCCAUGCAUUUUGCAUUUACAAACCUGUAUGAAAUAAAUGGGUCGUUGAAUUUUAGCAUGGUACUGUGACAGAAUGUCAGUUCAUGAAUUUUCAUCCCCGAAGAGUGGAAGCGGUAAUACCUGCAGAGGGGGGGACCAACCACUUAUUAAUGUUUAUGCAUUUAUAAUGUGCUUAAAUAAAAGUCCCUGUUGGUGUAAUGGUGAGGUGUCCUAGUACUUUUGUCCAUGUAGUUAUUGAAGUCCUAAGAUUUCUUUUGAGAAGCCCAUGACUAGUUGUGCAGAUAAUCAUGGGGAAAAAGAAGCUAGUGUCUCUGGUUAGUGCAGUGAAAGUGCAUGUUUAGACCUACCUCUAAUGCCAACUCUACCCAGUAACUAAAAAGUGCAUUUCGAGGACAAAAAAAAGUAAAUUGCUCAUGCUGUAUAUUUGCAAUAUGCUUUGUAAAUGGGUACAGGAUUCAGUAGCUACUCCUAUUUAUGUCCCGUUUCAUACCACAGCCAAGUUAUGUGAGCCACAUAAAGUUCUACACCCAUAUUUGUUAUUUAAAUGAUGAAGUGCAAUUCCACACCUUACAUUGAUGCUUGGAUUGCUGGGUGUUAAUUAUUCACAGUUGGGUGGUAGAAUCAGGGCAAACCUAAUGGCAGGUUUAGGAGAAAGCAGAUGAGUGGCCUUUGCAUAACUUGAUGGAUAUUUUGUGUUUCUUGUAAUGUGUUAGCAAUUUGUUCCAUGUUACGCACAGGUGAGUGUAUUUUUCACCAUGAAUUGCACUGUAUUGUUCACAUACAGGCAAAGGCAAGGGUUCUUGUGUGGAUUUAUUAUUUUAGUAUCGUUUGAAAAGGUGGGAGGAUGUUUCAGGUUAUGAAAUAAACUAGCAAUUAAGAUACCAAGAGCACUCUUGAGAAGCAAGAAAAUUAGUUAGUGAUAUUCUGAGAAAAACUGUGCCAUUACUAUAGUAAUAAAGUGUUAUUUAAUGCUUUAGAGGUUAUAAGUUCCUCUUUAUUUUGUGAAUGCAUGGCCUAAUUCUUUCAGUCACAUCUGUACUUCUUAUCAUCUUUGCAUAGUUGUAUUUUGCUUGAGAUUUAAAGCAACACUCCACGCACAUAAAGCACUUGAUCUCAUUCAGAAACACAAGAAAGCCGUGAUUAUGUGCAUCUGCGCAGUUCCAGAAUAGAAGCUUCUCAAUGAGAAGCAUCUGAUUGGUGAAUUCCCUGACACAGAUUGGGUAAAAAGAGGCGGGCUUGCAAAGACUGCAGCUUUUGCAAGUUGUGUUUCAACAGAGAAAAUAUAUAUUAUAUAUAAUUUUUUUAUUUAUUUUUUUGAUAUACCUACUAAAUUAGUGGUUGAAGGAUGUCUCUGCAAGUGCUCCCCUCUGACACUCACAAAUUCCAUCCCUCUGUUCCAUUGGCAUUUUAUUCCUAUAAACAAAGGCAUUUUGCAAUAUGUGAAUAUCACCUUUUGGUCUCCUAAUUUACAUUUUCAGUUACAUAUAUAGCUGCCAGGCCACAGAUCAAUGUACAGUUAUUUGAAAUAAACUCUGACCAUACCCCCUAAAGGAAAAGUUUCCCUUUUUGGCCAUUUGAUAUCUCUCCGCAUGUAUGAUUUGAGCUUUAAGGUUACAUCAAAUUCUGAUUUCAGCAGCGUUUAUUAAAAUCAGUUACUACAAUUGCUGUUCUUUUUCUGGAAAAUAGAUAAUUGUGGCAUUAUUGCACCCAUACAAAUACGCUCUUACCAUGACAUCGCAGCAUUCCCCAAAAAAUUUGUUUUGUAGACACUGAUGUAAUGCACUCAAUAUGUAAUGAUUUAAUUUCACAAAGCACAUGCUUUUAUUUAUGCCAUCCAGUAAACAAUGCAACUGGAAUCACACCGACUUGUUUCUCUGCUCUCCUGAACUGCUGUACUCCAUAGCAGAAAGUAGUUCAUUACUUGUUUUCAUUAAAACGUUUAAUCAAAAUUGUGUUUAAAAAUCCAAGCCAAGUAACAGGCCUGAGUGACAGGUCUGCUUUCUUAGAAAAUUUGGUUUGUGCAGUAAAUGUAUUGUAGUAUUUAUAUACAUAUAUUUGACAAUAUGACUUGGGCCUUUAAUCUCCGUAUAAAGCCAACAAUGGCAUUCCACAAUGACAGAUGCAAUAUGGAGAUAUAAUCACAUAGGAGAUUGUGCCAUCUCCUUUGAACCUUGUAUCCCUACCAGUGAGGUAAAACUCAACUGUUAAGAUGUAAAACUAUUGUUUUUCAUUUGUGCAGUUUUUUUAUUGUAAUGCCAUCAUGUCAAUCCUUUUUGACAUUCAUUCUUUGAAUCUCCUCAAUAAUUGUGAUGUUUAUUUCCUCGCAAACUAAUCACAUCUUCAUUGCAAAUACGUGGCCACAUUCUGCUAGAGAACAGAAUUUUAAAGGUUUUAACAGUGUACCGGCAAUAUUAUUAAUGGAUUGUAUAUCUUUUAGUGUUCCAUUCACUGCUAAAACCACACAUAAGUAGUCCAAAUUAGCUUCUUCAAAUUGUAUUAUGAAUUGAAUGCUACAGACAGAGUUUACUUUUAACCAAGUAUUUUUGUGCAUAGUCCUCUGUUCUUAAUGAGAGAACCUCAAAAAUAAUGUUAAAUGUUGAUUUGCAUGCUUGGAUUGCAUAUGUACCUUGUUUCUGCUCUCCUUUUGUUUAAUGCAGUGUUGCCCAAUUCAUUACCAGCCCUGUCUAAUUAGUGACCUACUCUCAGUUGAAUAAGUGAUGUGCUUUUAUGUAUUUAACCAUUCAUUCUAUAUGUUUCACUGCAUCUGUUUUGUUUUGUAGGUCUCAUCAAAUGUACUAUAUGUUCGGUGUCCUGUUUCUGGUAUUCAUAAUACUCCUGAUUACUUGCUCAGAAGCUACCAUCUUACUGUGUUACUUUCAUCUUUGUGCCGAGGUAUUUUCUGUAAUGUGUGUGCUAUUAUUUGUUAUGAAGAUUUUUCUGAAAAGAGCAAGAUGUAAAAAAAAAAAAAAAAAAAAAAAUAAUUUUUUUAAGGAGCAUGCAUUUACAUUUUAUAGAUCUAAUUGUGAAACUGCAACACAAAUUUCCAAUUUUUUCUGAUACGUGGUUUCCAUUUGGGGGAGGUGUAAUGUCUCAAAACAAAAUCAUAUAAUUCGAAAUGUAUUCAGUAACAAUUUGUUAAAAAAAAUAUUCAACGAUAUUCCAUACAUAGAUGUGUGCCAUCUAUCAUUCAAAUAAUACAUUUUAAAGGAACAAUCCAAGUACCAUAACUAAUUCUCAGUAGUAGUUAUGGUACAAGGAUUUCUCUGAAGUCCCCCAAGUACCAACAAAUAGUCAAAUCCUUUGCUAACAGUUUGAUUUCUUAUGCUAAUAUCUGCCAGGCACUGGUCUUUUCCUCUUCUCUUCCUGUAUGGAGAAUGGAAGCUCUUGCUAGGAGCUUCUAUAAAGCUGUCCUGAGCUAAGCAGUGCAUGGCUUAUUAGCUGAGAGAGUCAGCUGACUGUUCUCUUCCUGUGAGCUAAGCCCUGCACUGCUCAGCUUAUCUCAGGUAGACCAGGGCACUCCUGGUACCAUAACCACUUCAGUGCACUGAAGGAAAGUAACUUAAAAAUAUUGAACAUUAUAGGUUAUAUAAGAACCAAAACAAACCCAGUAUGUUUAAAGAGGUAGUCUAUGUGCAGAAGCAAAUGCUACUUAUUUGUAGUUGUUAUGGUGCUAUGAGUGUGACUGAAAAUGCUGGGAUUCCACCUGAAUUUUUUUGAAGCAAUGUGAUAAAAUAUGUGGUUGUCCCCAGUACCCAAAGCCAGGCUCAUUUUACAUACACAACUAGAUCUGAGCUGUCUCACAGGAGAGAAAUGAGCUGCUAAACAUGCAUGUGCAGUCCAUGCCCCUUGCCAAAGAUAGGAUCUGGCAUGUUCAUGCCUGAAAUUACUCUUGGGCAUAAAUUACUAAUCCAAUUAAUGCCUGCCUUGUAGGGAUUUAAGGGCUAAGUGUUUUUUCUUAGUGUGAGAGAGGUCUCUCUGCAGCUCAAAGCAGAGUCACAAAAGAGUGCACUGAUUGAAAGGUGAGUUAAUGUAAUUCAUUUACUUGUUUUUAAUAUGUUUGCUUCCGAAGAAGUAAAAAAUAAAUUGGAUUUUUUUUUUUAUUGCUUGUAUAACUGUGCCUAGUUAUCCUUGUGCUGUGUUAACCCAUUGCAUUCCACUUUCAAUGCAUGAGAUUUUGGCCAGGUAUUGUUUUAAUCCUGCUACUUGUUGGUUAUUUCUGCACAUUUGCGUGUAUUUAGUAGCCAUUUAAUUUAUUUAUUUAUUCUUUGCAGGAUUACCAUUGGUGGUGGCGAUCAUUUUUGACAAGUGGCUUCACUGCUUUUUACCUUUUUGUGUAUGCAAUUCAUUAUUUUUUCUCUAAGCUCCAAAUAACAGGAACUGCCAGCACCAUUUUGUACUUUGGGUACACUCUGAUUAUGGUCUUAAUUUUUUUCCUGUUUACAGGUGAGUGCCAAUUAGAGAAUAAUUAUUGGGAUUAUUAUCAAGCUUCCUAUUGUGCUUGAUCAUAAAUUAUAGAGGAACAUAGAUGGGACAGCCUAUGCUUUUCUGUUUGUUAAAAUAAAUCUCCAAGUCCCCUAAACACUACAGCAGGGAUAGGCAACCUUUGGCACUCCAGAUGUUGUGGACUACAUCCCCCAUAAUGCUCUUGCACACAUAAUGCUGGCAAAGCAUCAUGGGAGGUGUAGUCCAAAACAACUGCAGUGCCGAAGGUUACCUAUGCCUGCACUACAGUGUGUUUUUAGGACAUUUUAACUCUUUAUCUGGGGUUUGCUGAGCACUGCUCUUCACUGCUGAGGCAGAGCCGAAAGCUCUGAGUUUAGCUCAUUGACUGAGAGCAAUCAUCUGAUGGUUGGACUAUUUUCAAUGGUGGGUAGGAAGAAGCCGUGCAGGUGACUUGAGAAAGGAAAGCUGUAUUGACAUGCGGAUGAAAUGAAAAGCCAAAAAUGUUGGAUAGGGAGAGGAAGCAGUUCUCGCUCAAUUCAUAAUCCUUUACAUUCAAUUUUAUUUCUAACGUCAACAAAGAGAUCAGCACAAUAGAUAUAUUUGCAGUUUCACUUUUAAUGAAGUGUGAAUGAGCACUGCUCUUUGUACUUUGUCUCCCGGCCAAUUCAGUAUCUUCCAAAGCAUAGCAGCAGAGAGGGCGAGACAGAGACAUGGGUCUUUCUCUACCUUUAUCUCUGUGUCUCUCUCGUAUUUUUACCCCCCACCCCACGAGUAUGUUAGUGUGAUGCCCCUCCAGAGCAUGCAGUGUUCUUGGAUAAAAUACAUUUUUCUUUUUUUCUUUUAUUUAGGGGUUUGGGGGGUGUUGUGAAAUGUAAGCAUGCGCUGAGUUUGCGACUUGUCUGUGCUGUCCUCAAUAGUGGUAUACCAGAGAACAAAAGUGGUACAGGGCUGAUAGUGUGUUGUGCAUGUGUGGGGAUGCUCACUGUGGUGUUGUGUGUAUUUGGAGGUUGCUUAUUAGAUUGCAUGUGUGUAGAGCAAACUCUUUAUGUGUGUGGCUGUAGUGUGUGUGUGUGUUUGUGUUUCUGUAGUGUGGGCGAGCAUGUGCAUAUAUAGGGAUGGGCUGUAGUGUAUGUGUUUCUGGGCUGUAAAGUAUGUGUGUGUUUUUAUAGGGCCUGUUGAGUGUGUGUCUAGGGGACGUUGUAUGUGCAUGUCAGAGCUGUGUUGUGUGUGAGUGUAUCUAGGGGCUUUAGUGUGUGUGUGUGUGUAUAGGGGGUAUAGUGUGUGUAUAGAGCAGGGGUUCUCAAUUCAUUUUUCCUGUGGAACCCUUUGACAUAGUGUAUCAACAUUGUGAAACCCCUAACCUCCCUCCCCCCAAAAAAAUAUAAAUAGCGCCGUUGCAUAAACCUUUCAAUUAGCAGAGCGUAAUGUCUUCUUUGAUGGAAUUUUUUUUUUUUUUUUUUAACAUACAAUAUCUCACAAAUGUGAGUACACUCCUCACGUUUUUGUAAAUAUUUUAUUAUAUCUUUUCAUGUGACAACACUGAAGAAAUGACACUCUGCUACAAUGUAAAGUAGGAAGUGUACAGCUUGUAUAACAGUGUAAAUGUGCUGUUCCCUGAGUGAGUACACCUCUAAGUGGAAAUGUCCAAAUUGCACCCAAUUAGCCAUUUUCCCUCCCGGUGUCAUGUGACUCGUGAGUGUUACAAGGUCUUAGGUGUGAAUGGGGAGCAGGUGUGUUAAAUUUGGUGUUAUCGCUCUCACAAUCUCUCAUACUGGUCACUGAAAGUUCAGCAUUGCACCUCAUGGCAAAGAAAUCUGAAAAAAAAGAAUUGUUGCUCUACAUACAGAUGGCCUAGGCUAUAAGAAGAUUGCCAAGACCCUGAAACUGAGCUGCAGCAUGGUUGGCAAGACCAUACAGCAGUUUCACAGGACAGGUUCCACACAGAACAGGCCUCGCCAUGGUCGACCAAAGAAGUUGCGUGCACAUGCUCAGCAUCAUAUUUAGAGGUUGUCUUUGGGAAAUACACGUAUAAGCACUGCCAGCAUUGCUGCAUAGGUUGAACGGGUGGGGGUUAGCCUGUCAGUGCUCAGGCCAUACGCUGCACACUGCAUCAAAUUGGUCUGCAUAUCUUUCUUGUGCAUCUAAAGAUGAUGCACAAGAAAGCCCGCAAACAUGUCCUGUGGUCCGAUGAGACCAAGAUAAACUUAUUUGGUUCAGAUGGUGUCAAGCGUGUGUGGCGGCAACCAGGUGAGGAGUACAAAGACAAGUGUGUCUUGCCUACAGGCAAGCAUGGUGGUGGGAGUGUCAUGGUCUGGGCCUGCAUGAGUGCUGCCCGCACUGGGGAGCUACAAUUCAUUGAGGGAACCAUAAAUGCCAACAUAUACUGUGACAUACUGAAGCAGAGCAUGAUCCCCUCCCUUCGGAGACUGGGCCGCAGGGCAGUAUUCCAACAUGAUAACGACCCCAAACCCCAAAGACAACCACUGCCUUGCUAAAGAAGCUGAAGGUAAAGGUGAUGGACUGGCCAAGCAUGUCUCCAGCCCUAAACCCUAUUGAGCAUCUGUGGGGCAUCCUCAAACGGAAGGUGGGGGAGCACAAGGUCUCUAACAUCCACCAGCUCCGUAAUGUCGUCAAAGAGGAGUGGAAGAGGACUCUGGUGGCAACCUGUGAAGCUCUGGUGAACUCCAUGCCCAUGAUGGUUAAGGCAGUACUAGAAAAUAAUGGUGGCCACACAAAAUAUUGACACUUUGGGCCCAAUUUGGACAUUUCCACUUAAGGGUGUACUCAUUUUUGUUGCCAACGGUUUAGACAUUAAUGGCUGUGUGUUGAGUUAUUUUGAAGGGACAGCAAAUUUACACUGUUAUACAGGCUGUAAACUUACUACUUUACAUUGUAGCAGAGUGUCAUUUCUUCAGUGUUGUCACAUGAAAAGUUAUAAUAAAAUAUUUACAAAAAUGUGAGGGGUGUACUCACUUUUGUGAGAUACUCUGUAUACACUAAUUUAUACAUAUAGUAAACAGAUUGUAGUAUAUAGAAGCAGGUGUGCUUCUGUGUAUAGAGUUGGUGUUUAUAUAUAAUUUUAGCAUUUUAAUACAGGUAUGCGUUUGUAUGUAAUGGGUGCAUUUGCGUGCAGAGGUGUGUUUGGAUGUAGUGUUGGAUUUUAAAUGCAGAUGUACAUUUGUGUGUAGUAUUGGUGUUUGAGUGUUUGUGUAUAAUUUUGGAGUUAGAAUUCAGGGGUGUGUUUGCAUGUCAUGUUUGUGUUUACAGGUGUGUGUGUGUUGUGUUGGUGUUUGAUUGCUGGGAUGUCUGUACACGUACUGCCACAUUCAUACACAUUAACAAACAGUAAUACACCGACACACAGUCAUUUACACACUAACACAUACAGACACACACACUGACUUAGACAGACACCGGCACAUACAAACACAGAUACACACCACCAUAUACACACUUGCAGAUAUACACUGACAUACAGAUACAUACACACAGGCACAGAGAUAUACACACUGCCACAGAUACAUAAACUGACACCCAGAUACACACACCUUGAAACACAGUGUGUAUCUGAGUGUGCGUGUCAAGGUUUGUGUAUCUGCCAGUGUGUGUAUCUGUGCUUGUAUGUGCCGUUAUAUAGUGGCACACAGAAACACACACUGACAGAAACACACACACACACACGUUUAUAUUUGCAGUCACCCUCAUGUUCACUUACCUUUUUUUUUCCCCAGGAGAGUGACUUCCUUUAGUGUUGCUGGCUGAGGAUGGUGUGCCUGGUCGGCAGCUGCUUAGUCCCCGCUGCUCCCUCUUAUCCUCCAGCCGGCGCACUCUUUCUGGGAGGAAGUGCUGUCACUUCCUCCCAGUAUCCCAUGUUACAGGGGCUCGGUCGCGGUCUUAGAUGGCCAGGCACCCGACUGGACCCCUGUUUAAUGAUACCCACUGAGUGGCCCUAAAUGCUUGGGCCACCUGGCGGGCAAAUCGCUGCGGAACCCCAAUUUUGUUCAAGGGUUCCGCGGAACACUAAUUGGGGAACGUUGCGAGGCAUUGUGUGUGUGUGUGUGUGUGUGUGUGUAUAUAUAGGGGUAUAGUAUGUGUAUAAAGAGUGUAUUUAUAGGGGAUAUAGAGUAGUGUGUAAAUAGUUUGUGUGAAUGCAUAUGGGGUGUAGUGUAUAUUAAGGGGGGUAUAGUGUGUUUACUGUGUCGGUGUAGUGUGUUUGUGUGUAAGUGCAGGGGGUGUCGUGCUUUGCAUGCUACUUUACGAACAAGAUUGAACAACUAGGGAAAUAUUGUCCUCUUCAACCUAUCGUUCCUGUAAGUUUUUUUGUAAUUGUCUUAUUUAUUGUUAAAUCUCCCCCUUUUUAUAAAAUUGUAAAGCGCUACGGAAUCUGUUGGCGCUAUAUAAAUGCCAGUAAUAAUAAUAAUAAUAGUAUGCAUAUAGGGGUAUAGAGGGUGUGUAGUGUGUUUGUGUGUGUUAGUGCUGGGGCUGUAGUAUGUAUAUAGGGGUAUACAGUGUGUAUGGUGUGUUUGUGUAAAUAUGUGAAGGGGUGUGUGUAUAUAAGGGCUUAAAUAAUUUAAUAAUAAAUAAAAUAUUUACUUCCCUUUGGUCCAGUGAGAGGGGGUACGCCGGGGCCGGUUAUUUAGUCUGUACCUCCGCAGGGUACAGACUAUGUUUCUGCGUCUAGCGAGUGCUGGUAUUUUUUCAAAGCAUUGCCGCGAGUUACCGUGGCAACGCUCUAAUAAAAUCGGUGCUGGUAAGAAGACAGAGGAUGCAUUCCCUGAAUGCCAAGUGUGUGUCCGGUACACCGGCUAACUGCCUAAUCCCUCUUAGGGCUAGUGCUGCCCAUGACCAUCACGGCCCACCAGCCAUUUUCCCGGUUUGCUCGAUGGCCAGUCCGGCCUGCACUAAUGAGAGGAACAGGAUCUGAGUUUUCCUUGCUCUCGUUAGAUUACUGGCCUCCCUCUUUUUAAAUUAAGUAAAAUAAAACCAGAGAAAAUAACCCAUCGUGACUGGUCGCCAUUCAAUCAAAUGCUUCUUAUAGAGAAUUACUGGGGAUAGAGGUCACCUAUGUUGCAAUUACUACUUUCAGCCAAUGCUGUGCUACUGAAUCCAAUUCUUCUAUAGUAAAGCAAUGGUUGAAGGGCUUCUCUAUGAAAGCAGUGUAUGCAUUUGGUGCUCUCAUGCUGUGCACAUUGACACUAAAUGCAAAGCUCUUCUGUUUUCAUUGGACAAAUAUAAACAAGGGAUCGACUGAUUAUCGGUUUUACCGAUAUAAUCGGCCGCGAUAUUCUGUAUUUUCGGCAAUAUCGGUAUCGGCCAAUAUAGAUACCGAUAUUGCCGAUAAUACCUCCUAGGACCACCAGGCUUAUUACAAGCCCGGUGGUACUGGGGGGGUGGGGAGGGGAGGGGUGGCAGCAAUCUCUUACUUACCUUUCCUGCAGCUCCUCCAGCUCCCCAGUGUAAAUCUCGCGAGACCCGCGGCCGUCAGAGCUUUGCCACGGGUUACCAUGGCAACGCUCCGCGAGAUUUACACUGGGAGCUGGAGGAGCUGCAGGAAGGGUAAGUAAACGCUACCUGCAGGCCCCUCCACUGCUCAGCCAAUGCCACUGGACCACCAGGGACUGUCAUAGCAGGGAGGGGGGACAAAAACAAUAAUAAAACAUAAAUAUUAAAAAUAAACAUAAAUAUUACAAAGUAAAAUAAAACAAAUCACCCCCCCCCCCAUUUUACACAAAUCACAUCCCUUCAGGAAAACACACACUCUGCAUUAUAUACACACUGUGUAUGUAGUGUGUAUAAUGCACACACUACACACUGCAUUAUAUAUACACACGCAUACACACACACUACAAUAUAUAUAUAUAUACACACUAUUCGUUAUUUACACACACUAUACGACACACUGCAUUCACUAUAUGCACACUACACACACUGCAUUCACUAUACACACACUGCGUUUGCUAUACACACUACACUCACUUUAAGCACACUACACACACACACACACACACACUGCAUUCCCUUUACAUACCACAAACACACACACUCUGCAUUCAUUAUAUACACACUACACAAACAGUCACUGCAUUAAAUAUACACACUGCAUUAACUAUACAUACACACACUGCACAAAUACACACAGCUCCUCUGUCUAAACACACUGCAUCCAGUGCAUGUGGCUUGUAUAUUUUGUGCAUUUACCUUUAGAAAUAGUUUUUUUUUUUUUUUCAAAAUGGUAAAGGCACAGAAUAUCGGCAAGUUAUCGGCUAUCGGCCUGAAAGUUAACAGAGUAUCAGUAUCGGCUCUAAAAAAAUCAAUAUCGGUCGAUCCCUAAUAUAAACAGUGCUGUUUCUCACAAAUAGCAAUGUUUACUUAGUCCUGUAAAAAGUAACAGUAUCUAUGCACCAAAUCCACUACAUUAAAAGCACACUGUGUACACCAAAACCACCCAAAUAUCAUUGAAGGUUAAAGCACCGUGGUCAGUUUGUAGAUUUCCUAAAGACAGAAUCUUUAUCAGAGAUGCAGGCACUGUUAUACUGAUUAUUUUAAAUAAAGCACACCCAUCAGGGCUGAAUUUCCACUUGCCCAUGCAUACUGAACUGUUCUAGCUAAUCUUUACUGCAACCAUAUAUGUAAUUAAGUUUUGAUUUAUUUGGAUCAGAGCACUUGGAUUUCCCCAUCUCUCUAUUUAGCUAGGAUAGUAAACACAGCAAAAGCAAAAACUAACAGUGCAAGUGUUGCUUGCAUUUACAGUCCUUACUGUGAAUGUGCCGUUGAAUGGAGACAAUAGGAAGAUUCCAGUUUUUCAUUUUUAGCCUGUGUUCAACAUCAUCCAGAAUGUUUAUACAGGAGGUUGUUUAUCUAAAAGCAAGCAAGGUAGUUAAAUUGCUGUAGUUGCUGUGACUACUGGUUUUUAUUUAGGCAAGGUAAAUAUUUGCAUACGAAAUGAUUUUGCCUUUGUACCAGGCUCUCAAUCCGUUGGAUGCCUUCUUUAGAAAAAUAUACCACUUAAUGAAAAUAAAAUGUAAAUUAAUUCAAACCUUCUUUCGAAAUGCAGCUGAAGACAGUUGGCUGCAAGAGUGUGUGUUUGUACUUGCUGAAUCUGUCUAAACAUACAUUAAGCAUUACAUCUCUUAAGCUCUGCUUGUAGGCUUUCUUUUUUUUCUGCCAAAGAUUUACAUUGUUGGAAAAUAAUUUUCAGGAUUGACAUUUUUAUUACUAAAAUUACUCAGUGAUUUUAAAUCUAUUUCAACACUCUUCAUUGCGGACUGUCUUAAAGAAAUCGUUGACGUGAGAUAGGUGUUUUUAAGUUGAUUCUUAUAAAAAAAAAUACAUAUUUAGGAUUGCAUUUAACCCUUUUACAGCCCUGAAUUCAAUGUAUUUGUGACAAACUAUAAAGGAACAUUACAAGCACAAUAAUUGCUACAGCCUUCUGUAGUGGUUAUGGUGCCAGGUUUAUGCCAGUGCUCCCUUGCCUCCCAGUGUAAGUAGUCAGACUUUUUAAGAAUGGUUUGGUUUGACAAUUUACUUUGGGUCCAAUGACCUCCUGCUGCAGUCUCUAUUGCAACUUUAAGCUCUUGACUGACUAAGCUCUGGGAUACUGGGGGAGCACCCAGAAGACCUCUGCCAAGAAGCCAGUUCUUCACUGCAGGGCUAAUCUCAGUUGGCUAACUGAAACUCAUUGCAGGAGUCUCCUGUUUCAGAGGAGGUGGUAGCGGGUGCUUAGUGGACCACAGGUAUGUUGUCAAACCGCUCACUGCUUUAUAUAAUAAAAUAUAUACUUUUACUCUCCUACCUUGAAGAACUUACAGGAAAUGUUUUAAUGUGACAAAACAGAUUAAUUAUGUUUGUAGGAAAUCUUUCUCAAAUAUUUCUUUAACCCCUUAAGGAUACAUGACAUGUGUAACAUGUCAUGAUUCCCUUUUAUUCCAGAAGUUUGGUCCUUGAGGGGUUAAAAGAUUAACUUACAUCACAUAAGACUUAAACCUAUCAAACAUUUCUUCCCUUUUAGGUACAAUUGGAUUUUUUUCUUGCUAUUGGUUUGUGAAGAAGAUUUACAGUGUCGUAAAAGUGGAUUAAACAAGUUUGCAAGAAUACAGUGGAACAGAUAUGGAUCUUACAGGACUUUUUUUGUGUGACAAUUUCUAAUUUUGUUUUGAAGAUGUGAAAACACAACUGUUCGUAUGGCACAAAAAAAUAGACUUGACAUCUGCCCGAGUUGAGCACUUUUGAAAACUGUGUUUACAGCAAGCAUCCUAUCAUCUUGUCUGUGUGUGUGUGUUUUUUUUUUUUUUUUUAAACAUGUUUUUUGUUUUAACUGUAAAUUAGAUUUGUUACACAAUGACUGUUUCCAAUUUGCCCAUGACUAGUGAAUUUAAUCAUGAAUGUCUUAUCCUACUGUAUGAUGUCACAUUGUGCUGUGAUGGCAAAAGGUACGCUAUAAACAUCAAAUACAGUUAGAAAUGUACUGCUAAUAAUCAAAGUUGUAAUGUGCCUUUCAAAUCAUAAGUAAGAGAUUUAUUUGUGAAAAAAGAGCAAAUUAUUUUCCUAUUUGUUACUUUCUGUAUUCGAAAGAACAGUUGUAAUUUUCUUUUAUUUAAAGCGAUUGUCCAUUUUUAAUUUUGUUCCUUUAACAUAUUACAUAAUGCAAGUGUUAACAAACUGCACAACAUUGGGAGAUCUGUUUUUUACUGUCCAUAUUAGAAGCUAUGUACAUAAAGUAGAUGAGAUGUGUUUGCUUUCUGACAUCCUCUUGCUGCAUCCUUACAUUGUAAACUGUUUAUUACUGGGGGGCUCAAUAUUUUAUAGAAAUAAAAUACAAACUACUUUCUACAGACAAAAACGCAUGGCAUUCAUUUGUAGGCCUACCUAUGACUUAUCUGGCAAACAACUUGAGACUGGUACAGUAAUCCGGUGUGGAGCCCAGUCACUCUAGCUCAUGUUUGUCAAGCUGAAUAAUGACCUAUUUGUUAAAAUAUGACUAGUCUUGUGUGUAGAAUAGGUGCACCACUUCUGCAACAGAGGUGAAUGGUUGUAAUUUGGAAUUCACUGUCCUAUGGGUGGAAAUGCAUUUUGGUAAGCCUAUUGUCCAGUCCUAUUUCCAAUGUCAGUCUUAUAUCUAUUUGUGGACCGACCA